AUGCCUUCUCCAUCUUUUACCCUCGAUGCUCAGCUGAGGUUUCAUGACAAAUGGCUGAAGAUAGACUUACAGGUAUUGUGUACAUGAAAGAAGGAUUCAUGUUAAAAAGACUGCUUUUAUGUAUUAAGAAGUCAACGUGCCCUUGUGUGGGUGCAGUCGCAUGAAAAUCUGCAAAGUCUGGCAGCAUUGCUGACGGUUGUUUCAUUUCACAUUUUCUUCUGUGAACUGAGAAUAUUAUCCCUAUUUGAUUAUUUAUUGUACUUGCCUUCCUCCUCUACGGCCCUUUUUUAAACUUUUAUUUGAAAAUUUCUUCACUGUAUGAUAUAAUUCUGCCAGCUUUCAUAAGAUAGAACAGAGGGUGGGGAACACAUGCAGCGAAGGAUAGAGGCCACACAUCAAACCAGCGACUGAUGCAACAGUGAUAACUGUAUCAGCUGUGCAUUGGGGGCUUUUACCACUAAUCCAAACUGUCACACUUUAUGAACUUUGUGUCCAAGAUUUUGGCAGUUUGACAGUGUUGCAUCAUGUGAGAGACAUACUGUAAAACCUUUAGUCUAAGGGUGGGAACAAUUACGAAAAGGGGAUGAUUUGCCAGAGUAACUUGUGCAUGCAAAUAUUGUAUCACUUAUCUAAAAAUUAUACAGUGCUCUCAAUUCAUUUCAUCACAAUUUGACUUGUUGCUUUCAGGGACCAAAAUUAACAUCUACCUUGUGCUAAAUGCAGGUAGAUUUUUAUGCCAAACAGAUGUGAAUAUUUGUACCAAGAGACUCAUCCAUGAAAAAAAGAGAGGGAAAUUGUGAAUUUUAAUCCUACUUGAUGCUGUGCUACAAAGUUGUGGGAUGAUAACAAAUGUACACUGAUGCACACACUUGUAAAUAUAGGGGUGCCAGCCACCACGCCUUACUAUUUGCUUUAAUAUUGGCUGCUCUGCAGCACCCAUUUUUCUGGGAUCAAGGUAUAAUAUGAAUUGUUUGAAGAAUUUCAUUAUUAUCAAGAGAAUUUACUAUAAUGACCGUGUAUGUUGCUCAAAAACUCAACCUUUAAUCUUUUUUGUGGUAAAAAUGUGCUUGGAUGGGGAACUUUUUUAACUACUUUCCAACUUGGGCUGUGUGUCAAAAAGUAGCUUCAGACCCUGAUUAAACCACUACCUCAUGUCUCCUUGCAGCCCCUUUAUGAUAUUAAACCUAUGUUGUAACCUGCAGGUGAUUUUCUUUUUGUUCUGACGUUGUGAUGGAUAAAUAUAUGAUGGUCUUUACACUUAUCAGUUGUUUCAAAAUCACGGUGUCCUGAUGAUAUUGUUUAUGUGGGCAGGGUAUCAGGUGUUGUAUCUUCAGUGACCUUGUAAAUCCUGCCCCUAUUUUAACAGUUACUUGAACCUGUCUCUUAUCCUGUUUGUCCUCUAAAUAUUUCCUCAGCAAUAGUGAACACAUCUUACAACAGCUGACCUUGACUCCCAAAUCCUUUACCUUCCACCAUUCAAAAAUGGUCAUAGACAAGAAGAAAGUAGAACUACAGGAAAUCCAUCUGUUGUCAUUUCCUAAAACAGCCGGAUGCUUAAGAUAUGCCUGAAAGCAGUAGCAUGCAAGCUGUGUCAAGCCAGGUGCACGGAUGAUUAUUGCUUUUCUCUUGAUGAUACAAAAGUUAAAGCCUUUGAAAUUACAGUGGGCGCAGGGACGAGGUAUCUAAAAAUACAGACAAAUCUUUGUUGUGAAAACAAACACAAGUCUGUUAUAAUCAUGAGGUCUUUAAAUAAUAUAUGAUUGAGUUGGAGAAGAUGGGAAUAAAACACUCCAGCUUGGCUUUCUCCUUCUGUGCAACUAACUGUCUGCACUCGCCUUCACAUCCACACUCUUGUCUGGACCCACCCCGAAAUUCUAAAAUUGGAUUUCACUAUAAAAUAAGGACUAAAAUUUUGGGACGCAGUGUCAUCCCUUCCCCAGUAGUAGUGUUCUGUGUCUGGUCUGGUGCAGUCUGUUUGCUGUUACCUCUGCGCUAACAUGUUUUUGACAUUCAAGAUAUUAGAUCCUAGAAAGCAAGAGCUGGCUUGGCUUUCCACUUGUCAGGAUUUCUCAGUAAAGCAAAGCAUGAUAAGUGAAGCAUUGGGGUGAUGACACACAUUUUAUAGCUGACUCCUCCUACAUUUGAAAUAUCUUUGCUGGUGUCGGUUUUCUAAGUUGGUUGUGUAGGUUUUUGAACAGAUUUAAUUUCAUGUGUGAAAUUCCUGUCUGGAAAAAAAAACACUGGCAUAAACAUAUCGAAUCAGUUAUUUUUAAAAGCUGACAUCAACAGCUAAUCCUGGUUCAUUUAAAGCUUUAAUUCUAGUCCUCUCAUAAUAUGAAAAUAGCCUGUUUAUGACACACAUCUGCAGGACUUAUAUAGCAAACAUAUCACGACUCUUAAAUUGUUUUGUCAUGAACGUGCUGUCCUGAUUUUCUGUUUUCCUUUUGCAGCGGGCAUUCUCUCCAGAGGGACUCAGUGAGAUGUGGAAUGAAAUGGUAAAAGAUGAAGAGAUCACAUUCAAUGGAGAGGAAUCAGCCCACCCAGGUAUGGCACACAGAGAUCUCAGCACCAGUAUGUUUUUCUUUUAUAGAUUUACACAAUGCUGCCAUCCAUUUAUGAAAGCAUUGUUGUGCGAGCAAGUGACAGGGUUGAGACGAAUGUCAGGUGUGGACUGAACAGUUUGUAAAAAACUUUGUUUGCAGUGAGAAACAUCUACAGGUCAAGAAAAUAUGUGAGGGAUUCAUGAAAACAUGAAAAAAGGAUAUACUCAAGGAAUUAGACUCAGUGUUGUUAGACUGCAGAAGUACAUUUAUUGCAAGGUGAGACUGUUAUUUAGGUCUUUUCAUGCAGCCAGGCUGGAUACAAACAUGGACACCCCCUAAGAGGUAUUACCUAAUCCUCAAGCUGUUUACAGUGCAGUAUGGAGCAGUAUGUCCCCUCCGCCCCCCUGACACGGUUUCUGUUAGGUGGUCCAAAGUGCAGGACGAAAACCUUAAUGAGGCAACUUCUCUGCUGUGAGCUGUAGCAGUCAUCCUGGGAAUCAGAAACCUAUCUCUUCAACCUGACUUGGCUUUAGGUUUAUUCAUAACUAAACUUUUUAAUUCUCUCAUUAGAUUCUUAAGAUGUUGUAUAAUCCUUUUGUGUUCAAUUUUAGCUUAUUUAUUAUUAAUAUUGGUUUUGAUUUUAGUCUGCACUUUUUGUGAAUUGUGCUCCUCGAGUAUUUUGAAAUAAAAUACUCAGAUAAUCUGUAGGUGGAGUAUCCAUCUAUCUAACCUCAAAUCUACGAGUAAAACUAAACUUUUGGCAAAGCAAAACAAAAAGUUUCCUUUGUUUGCCCCCCUCACUCAUCUCAUCUAAAUAAAAAAGGCUGAAUUUAAAAUAUGAAUGAAUACGACUGGUGUGUAAGACAAACAGCCCCUUCCACAUGGCUUUUUUCAGAUGGGACUGUUUGGACUCACCUCCAAGGUAAAUGUCACAGAGGUGGGAUGGGAGGACAGAGUAAUUCAGCCCCAUUCUACAGUGGAGGUGAUAACAGAGGAAAAUUGGUGUCACUCUUUCCCUUUCAUGCCGUUAACUGCUGCUGUUAACAUCGGACAUGAUGCUAUUACCAUGCUUUAGUUUAAAUGUGAGACUCGCAGUGCCUGUUUACAUGCCAUGCCUCUCUUAAAGUCCCGUAACUCUAUAACUCCAUAUAAACACACUUUGGGACAAUCGCAUUAUGCUGUUGCAGGGUUCAGUAUAAAAGUAAAGAGAUGUAAUAACAUGUGAAACAGGCUAGUGGUUACGCAUCUUAAGUCUACAAACGUUCAAGAAAUUUAACAUCCAAUAGUUUAGAAACUUCCAGCAGUUCCAUGUUUUCUAAUUAAAACAAACUUUUGGAUAUUUGCCUGAUAUUUUGGAUUUCUUUUGAUUGUUUCAGAGGAUUGCACUGACUGCUUUGGAUCUCAGAAGAAGGAUGAACCCAACGACAAAGAGAAGAAAGACGAGGAGGAGACGUCGACGUCAGUGCAUCACUCCAUCAUAGAGACCUGGGACUGGGGGCGACAGCCAGGUGAGAGAGGGAAAUGUUCUGUUUGUGGGGGCUACCAAGAAGCUGCCAUGGUAUCUCCUGUUAUUUUACGCCUCUAUGUUUCCAAGUGGGGUAAUUAAUACCAGGGUGAGAGCAGAUGGUUUCACAACGCCUAAAUGUCAACUAGAUGCAAUGAUGCUGACCGUUUCAACACAUGGUCGACCUCUCUGUUUAUCUAUUCCACGUCUGUCAGACCCCCGCUGACGCGUGCAUGUUUUUCUGGCACGUGAGGCGCGGAAACUCUGAAAUGACAAGUCGCAGUCUGAAGGUCUGAGCGGUUAUUUUUACCCCUCAGAGUGUAAUCUUGGUGGGCGUUAUGAUGUGGUCCCUCAUGGAGUUGCAGCUCUUACCCUUUGCUGUGUUUACAGGCUUGACUGGGUGGGACGGUCAUGGUGGAGAGAGAUAACAGGGGUGGGGGUGUUCUGGGAUGGGGAGGGCACAUGCUUUUCAAAAACAUGCAUUGCCAGUGGCCACUUGCUGCUCUUCUCUUUUUUUUUUUUUUUAUGAACCGAGGCAGGAAAUCACACUGGUCUCAUUGUACAGUGAGUGUAACUGGAUCACUACAUGGAAGAGUGCUCUGUCACUGAUGCUUAAAGUUCAAACAGCAAACUUCCUGCUUUUCCACUGGGCGGUCAAAUAUCUGGAGUAUGUUUAUCUGAACAGACCUGACCUGUUGUUGUGAAAUCAGAGUGGCCCGAGUACACAUGACAGAUAUGCUCUGCUUCUUACACAGAUUUUUUCCUUCUUUGUUUUCUGUGUCAUAUCAUUUUCUAAAAAGUGAAACAACCUCUGUGAGUCAGGUAGUUCCUCAGCUGAAGCUUCUUUUGAGCCCUGAGUAUUAUAUAAUGACUAGUUAGGGGCUUUGUUUGACUGGGGUACAUAUCUGACCUGACAGCCAAGCACAGCUGACUGUAGAGAGGCUCGUACAACCUCAGGCCAGUUUGGCUUAAAAAGCUUAAGUGGAUUUCAGACCUGCUAUUUUGGCCCCUCUCGUCCUCCCGGCAGAGCUGCUGUAUAGAAACAUAAUACAGCAUUUUACUCUUGAACCAGAUCAGAACAAAGGACUGGUUGUGAUGAAGCCUGCGAGCAAAAAGCUCAAGUGUCACAAGACUUCAUUUUGAAAUACCAUGCUGUUAGCGGGCUGAUAAGCUGAGAUGAAAUGACAAGAUAAGCAGGAAAGUAGAGAGCCCUUCAAAAUGAUAGUACACUUUAAAUCCAUGCAGACCUAAGAGUGAAAUGUUAAAAUCAUAAAAUCAGAUUUCUGCUUAAAUUAUUAAUGGGCAACAGUAUGUUUAGAAGAAGACAUCAUUUAUUUAUCCCUCUAGGGGGGAUUGUGUCUUUGAGCAAAGACAUGCUUGAUGUCCACACACGCACACUUUGGACCAUGAUGCACAGAUCAAUAUGGUCGACUGUCAGAGCAGUGGGAGGGGGUCUGAUAAUCAGCUGUCUUGAGCAGUGAGACGGUCACUAUUUUCUUCAAGCGUAAAGGCUCCCUGGUAGUUCUUGGAAGAUAAACUGGCACCUCUCCAGCAGCCAGUCCGCACUCUUUUUUUUUUUAAAGCAGCUUGUACUAUGAUCAUACAGCUGCUUGUAUGAAAACCAAAGAGUCAUCUCCACCACCAUGUCACAUGGCAUUGAAGCAAUUAAUCAUGCAAAAGGAGCCCCGACCCAGUACUAAGUGCAUAAAUUAACCUCAACAUUUGUAUUAUAAUCCUUUAUUUGGACUGGUGCUUUGUAAAUUUCUAAUAUUUUGAAAUAGUGGAUUUUUGGUUUUGUGAUCCACAAUCCUCAAGAUUUAAAUAGUAAAAUAAAAAAAAUAUAUAUACCUUUGUGUGUGCUGAAUAAAAAUUAGGGAAAAUUAACUUUUUAGGGAUGUUCUGCACCCAUAAAAUAAAAGGUUCCCAUACACAGUUUCAUGUAGAGACUCUCAUUAGAUUUCAAAAAACAAAAGCUAUUUGACUUUUAUUUAAAACCAUUUUUAAGGCUUGAGAACCAUAGCCUCUGUACAUGUUGCAUAGGGCUUAACCAGUAGGUCUUUGUGGGUGCAGAUGAGACUGAGUUGAAGGAUUGUCUCCUCGUCCUCGUCGACGACCAGCAGAAGCUCUCAGCUCAGGUGGCCAAAAGCACCCUGUCCGCCCAACGCCUGCGCCAGCGCCUGGUCAUCCUGGAGCGCUACCUCAUCUCUCUCAGCCACAGCAUGAUGGAGGAGACGUUUUUGGGUGGCUGGAAGAUGCCCCCCACCCCACCACUGCCUGCUACUGACAAUAAAAGGUGAGAAGAAAUGAAGUGAGGUACUCUCAGCAGCAGAUUGCUUUGUGUCUCAUAGAGUUAUAGAUGUUUAAUCACAGAAAAGAACCUAAGAACGAGCUGUUCUGGAGUAAGGACAACUGAAACAAAAUCAUAUAUAUUAUUAUCAUAUUUUGUACUAUUGUAAACAGCAGAUUGUGGCUAUGUUACAAAGGCUGUGAAAAAACUGCCCCAUUGGUAACAACUUAUUACUGAAGUGUUGUCCUUCUUCUGUUUUACCUAUACUGAAGUGUUAGUAAUACCAUUAAGAAAUACGAAAGGAAAGUUAUGCUCUCUAGUGAAAGAAUAGCUCCUUCUCUACCCAACAAAAGGUCCUAUAAAGGGAGUUACAGGACCUGCCUGCACCACUGUGCAACGCACAGAACAGUUUUUCUCUGACCUGAACUUCUGUUUGCCAAACUUACGGGCUGUUUGUGUUUGUUUUGAGUUUAAACCUAAAGUCUGGUGUUUGAGUGUACACUGUGCCUCUCUAACUCUCCCAUGUAUACAUCUUGUGCUGAUCUAUGUGGGCUUUGUUUUUUUGUGUUUUUUUUCAGUUCCCGUCCAGCCAGUCAGGGUGUUGAAGGUUUGGCCAGAGUCGGCUCCAGGGCAGCUCUCUCUUUUGCCUUUGCUUUCCUGCGCCGUGCCUGGAGGUCAGGUAAGACCAGUCAGAGAUGAUGACGACGGUGAAGGCGUUGCAUGCUUUCGUUGUGCUGAUGAAAGCUGAUGUGUUGGUAAUGGAGCUCUGGUUAACAGCUGCUAAUGGAUGUGUUGCACUAUGUUACGCUCCGCUCACAGUCAACAACCCAGCAUAUUUGUCAUGCUAUGUUUUUAGCCUUAGCUUGUGUUAGCUUGAGUGAAAGACUGCUGAAGCUCAUGACUAAUGUGACUGCCUCACUGCUUCGGGGUAAGAAUGUAUUACCCUUUGCACAACCAAACUCCUGACAUUUUUGAAGAUAAUUUUAGGACUUUCAAGGCCUUGUUGUUGUUUUAAAAGAAUUUGCCUUUAACAAAUGGAUCUCACAGCAGAGGAUUAUCUUUGUCAGACACAGCCACAGCUUGAAAUACCCAGUUUAGUUGGGGGGUGGGGGGGCUAGCUGCAUAGGACACACAGCAGUAAGAGGUGGAGUCCUGUAAGCAGUGUUUCCCACAGAAUGAUGACAUAUCCAUAGAGGUGGGGUGGGGGGUCGUAUUUAUAUUAUGCCAUCUGCUCAUUCUUUUAUUAGGUCGUAUUAAUUAUAUCUUCAAUUCUCCUCCUCAAAUUAUUUUAGUAUAUGAUCAAAACAUACUUAAAAUUCUUCACCCCUCCAUUAUUCAGACCCUUUCCCCAUCACCUGCACACCACCACACCUGCAGCUUUCCUCUCUUUAUACACACAGCAGUGUGUCCCACCCUGCCGACUCUUGUUAAUACUCACUUGUAGAUGUGUGAUCCUUUGACAGUAUUCAUCUGCAAUAUAUUUAGUUAAGAUGCUCAAUAACACAACUGGAGUUUGGAAAUGUUUCACUCAAUACUUCGCUGUCACAACAGGUGAUCUGCAUGUGAACAAGGCUUUUUAAUGACGCAGUUUAGAAAUGAUCACAAACUAAGAUUGUGCUGAAUAAAAUCAGCUGAAACCAGUUGUUGUCUGGAUAUUUGGGAGUCAUGAAUGAUGCUUGGUACCUGUAAUUUUCCUUCACAUACAGCAAAAAUCCACAUUUUAGGUUUGUAAGAAUAACAACGAUCAGGCUGUGCUUCACAUUAAGCACACUUCAUUUCACUGUUAGACCCAUUUCCAUUCAGAUUUUUAGAGCACUCCUCAUGCAUGUGUGCAUAUUCUGACAUAACACAGUCCAGCAACUACAGACAAUGAUCUGAAAAAGAACAAAGUGUUGAAUUUGAUUAAAGUAAUAUUCAGUUGAUAAACCUGUAUCUCAGUGCGUAUAAUUACCAUAUCACAGUCUAAUUGUAUCUCAUUGUGAGCAUCUUUGGCAGCUGCAGAAUUGUUUUUUUAAAGCCUCUUUAUUGUUAGUAUGACAAGUCCAGAUGCUGUUUUUGCAAUGUGUUUGGAGGCCAGGUUGAGAGCUGCCUGUCCACAGGGACUGGGUGGGAACAAAGAGCCAGCCUACUCUCUCUGUAGCCUUCCUGUAACAUGAGCAGUACACACACACACAAACACACAUACACACACACACACACACACACAUAUGUAUAUAUAUAUAUAUAUAAAUAUAAAUAAAUAUAUAUAUGUAUAUAUAUAUAUAUAUAUAUAUAUAUGUACAGACGGUUGAGCCUCCCGUCCUCAGUCCUCCUUAUUCCUGAAAUACUCUUUGAAAGCAACAUUCACCUGCAGAAAGGAAACAUAACCAAAUCCUGUUUUCCUGGUUUUGCUGAUCAUUGAAGAGCAAAGAUGAUUGUACAGUCUUACUGGUUGUAUAACCCUAGAAGAUUCUUGUCUUUAAAUGCCAGUGACACCAUAGUCAUACAGUUUUUCAAAUGGUGAUGUCAAGACCAGAUUUUAAGGACAGGUAUUUGGGCUGAUCACACAUUUUCAAACUAAUCAGCAUCAUCUACACUGAGCUGUAUUGAGCCUGGUACAAUCCUUAGUUUAAAGUCAGCUGUCAUACAGGUGCUUUUUUUCACAAAGCUUUUAUGCAGAUUAAGAAACAUAUUAUAUUAACUAAAAGAUCUGAAGAUGUAAAGAAGGACAAAAAGUUCAUGGAAAAAGCGGCCCCACUGCAGCAAACACCUCUGAACCUUUCUUUUUCUUUGAUUAGAAACGCUGUGGAAACAGGAUUUGUCUUCUUAACUCAUCACAGUGCUGUGAAAUUUUUAAUUUUAUGUAAAUCAAAAGGCUUUUAUUGCAUAUUUUAAGAUCAUGCAAUAUCCGUCUAUCUGUUUUCUAUGGCACUUUCUCCCCGUCUGAGGUGAAGGCUGGCUGGGGCAAAGAGAAUACAGCAAAGAGCUAAAGAAUAUGGAAAUAUAUUAUCUGCUGAAACAUUUAGAAAUCCUCCUUCAGCCUUCAAGCUGGGAAGGCAAACUGUGAAAGUAAUAUUUUUGGAAACCCCCUGUGCCCCAGUGUAGUCCAGCCUCACAGUUUUAAAUUGAAUAGCUGUUUGUGUUUUGUAGGAGAUGAUGCAGAUCUUUGCAGUGAGCUUCUCCAGGAGUCUCUGGACGCCCUGCGCGCCCUCCCUGAGGCCACGCUGUUUGAUGAAGGAACUGUUUCAUCAGUGUGGCUGGAAGUGGUUGAGAGAGCUACUAAGUUCCUCAGGUUUGUUACUGACUGAUCCAACUCUCAUACUGUGUUUUUGUAUGCAUAUAAAUUAGAUAGCCAAAUGUUUUUCUCAUGUGUCAUCUCUCUCUUGGGACUAGUGAUGUUCAUGGAAGUGCCAGCACCAAAGGCAACAUCCCUCUUCAGGACCAACACCUGGCUUUGGCUAUCCUGCUGGAGCUGGCUGUACAAAGGGGCACUCUGAGGUAACCAGACACCUUCAGUACCUGAUGGUUUGCUCAUGCUGGCUUUGAACUCACUGCUCACUUAGUUUUUGGGGCUCUCUUUCCAGUCAGCUGCUGUCUGCUGUUCUGUUGCUGCUGCGCCUGUGGGAAAGCGGCACCAGAGAGAUGGACAACGAGCGCUCCACACAGGGGACCAGCGCUCCUCUGCUGCCCCUCCUGCAGCGCUUUCACAACAUCCACAGCAGCAAGGAGGAGCCUAUUCCUGAAGAGGAGGCUGAGGUGAACAUCUACUCUUUUCUACCAGCAUCUCAGCACCGUUUAAAGUUCAAUAACAAGUAACCAUGAUGUAUUUAUAGCUCACUGGUACGAAGAAAGAGACACUUCAAACUUAACGUUAUCAAAUAAAGGUUAUUGCCUUGAGAAAGCCUUUCUUAAAAUAACUUUUUUCCUUUUCCUGGUCUAGAAUAAAGCUCAUUAAUCACUCUUUCUUGGAUUUCCAGAUCCUCACAGCCCCUCUGAGUCCUAAUGAGAGUUUCCUACGCUACCUGACUCUGCCUCAGGAUAACGACCUGGCUAUCGACCUCCGACAGACUGCUGUGGUGAUUAUGGCUCACCUGGACCGCUUGGCUUCUCCCUUCAGUCCACCUCACUGCAACUCCCCCACAUCGCAAAAGGUGAUUUUACUAAACUGUCAGUACUUCAAUGUUGUCACUGAUACUACUCCUUUCUCUUUUGUGUCAUUUUUACUGAAUGGUGACAAAAGCAUGUUCAAACAUGGCUCUCAGAAUAUGUCACGCAAGAAUGAAUACUCCUUUAAUUACACAAUACAACACAACACAUAACAAGAACUCAUCGGUCCCCAAAGCUCAUCCCUUGAACAAUCUUGUCAAAAAAAACAGUUUAAAUUUACAGAAAAUUCAGAGAGGCCAGACUUCGCCACUCCUUUGGUUGAGUGCAGGUUCAGGAAUAAACACUGAACAUUUCCACCAUUUGUUAAUUUGAACAAGGUGGACUGAACCACACGAAUCAGUAUCACAUUUUCAUUUCCAUUUAUCAGUCCUUAAACACCAGCAUAUGCUGUACAGUUUUCUGUGAUAUGUUUACUUCACUCUUUAUUGUCAGUUUAAUAAACGUAUCCAUCAUAGAGAUCAGUUUUGUGUCAUUUCAACCUCUCUUGCUUCUGUUCUGCUGUUCAUCUCUGCUUUGGUUUCCUAUCACAACAAAACCUAAGUCAAAUCAACCUGACUUUUGUCCAUACAUUGAUAGGAUAACUGUUAGCCCUUCAUAAAGCUGAGAUUAAAGCUGUGUUAGACAGCUAGCUGCAUAUCUGGUUCCUUUGAUAGACUUUGUGUGCUAUUGAGAUAUGAUGAGUCUGAUUUAGGAGUCUAAGUACUAAACACACAGCCUUGUAAUAACAACCAACAAUUUUUCUUGCCGUCUUUCUCCUCCAGGGAACCUUGCAGGAGGUGAUUGCCUGGGGUUUGCUGGGCUGGAAGCUCCAUGCCAACGUUAACGGGCCCAUCCAGUGCAAAGCUCUGGCAAGCCUCGGAGUCACACAAAUAGUCUGCUCAGAAAAAGGUUUCCUCAUUCUGUCGAGCAGUGGUGCUGUUUACACCCAAAACUACAAGAGCACAACCCUGGUCAGUAUCCUGUGCAUUGUUCCGUCUUCUCUUAAAUGACCUCUGAAUAGAAGAAAGUGGUGGGUUAUUUCUUUCUUUGUGUCAGCUGCAGAUUAAGCCAGGGAAUUUUUCUGUUGCAGGCUCCAAUGCUCAUCCACGGCCUAAGUUGCAGAAAGAUAGUGAAGCUAGCAGCUCAUCCUGAUGGACAGCACUACUUGGCCCUGACAUCCAAUGGGGAGGUGUUUUCAUGGGGCUGCGGUGAUGGAGGCCGUCUAGGACAUGGUGACACCACGUAAGCAACCAAGAAAACCCCUGUUUCAUGUUUUAUUCACACAGAGGAAACCUCUCUGGGGCAACUUACAGACAUAAAUAUCCACAUUUGAGAUAAAUUAUUCAUGCAACUGAUGAUAAAAUUAAAUACUUUAUUACAUCUCAACAUUCAACUCUACUAUAUCUCAAGUAAGGACAUAAAAUUAGUGUUUCCUCUAAUAAUGCGCAUAUCUUCCAAUUUGAGCAACGUUGGAAAGAAUUAACACAAAGACUAACUUUUAAAAACAAUAAAACAGAAGUAAAUCUUUAUUUCAUCUCAUUAUGACCCAUUUCAGGUAUCUAGAGGAGCCUGCUAUGAUUUCAGCCUUUAAUGGGAAACAAGCAGGAAAGCAUGUCGUACACAUCGCCUGUGGGAGCACAUACAGCGCUGCGAUCACUGCUGAUGGAGAGCUCUACACGUGGGGCAGAGGGAACUACGGCCGACUGGGUCAUGGUAUGCUCUUUGUGACCCAUUUAGCUCUAACAUCUUCACCUUUGUCUUUAAAAACAAAAAAUAUCUCUCCUCUGAUCGGUUUUCUAGGCUCCAGUGAGGAUCAGACCACACCCAUGAUGGUGACUGCGCUGAAGGGACUGAAGGUGAUUGAUGUGGCUUGUGGAAGUGGUGAUGCACAGACACUAGCUGUGACAGAAAAUGGUAAGAACAGAAAAUAUUUAUAUAUACUUAAUAUCAGUGUUCAUGUUGACCUAAUCAUGAAACCCAUUGUUACAUACAGUUGGAAAUGAUUGUGAACUUAACAGGCAUUCUGAUGUUGCCAGCUGUAAACAAUCAGAUCUUUCAGUCGUUUCCGUGCAUACUGUCAUGUACAGUCCAGGAGUGACUUAAAAGCCACUGUGUGUUGGGAUGGACUGUAAAUUUGUUCCCCUCUUGGCACAUCUGAAAAAUGAAUACUGUUAUUUCUUGGUGUAUUGCUUCUUCUGGAGUAGCAUCUGGUCAUCUUGGUUUUACUGUAAAUUGCACGUUACACAGAGGCUGCACUCUGGUUUACAUUAGCCGUAUCAGCUCAUAAUGAAUCAGAUUUCUUGUGAGUUACUUGCAUUAAACUGUUCUUGAGUUUCCCUGAAAAAUAAACAUCUUGUUGCAAAUUUAUACAAGUAAAAUAAAAGGCUGUGAAUACGUCAUGUGGUGUUAGAGUGAAAGCAAAAAAACAGAUAGACAACAAAAUUUUACUGGCCAACAUAUGUUGGCGUGAAGUAUACCUAUAUACCUGUAUACCUUACCUAUAUGUAAUGAGUCACUGUCAGGCAGCCAUUAAUGAGGGCAGGAGUUGUCAUGACAGCUGUUUGUAUUCUGUGAUCAGGUAAAGCUACUCAAGCUACAAAUCUAUCACAAAUGGAAAAUAUAAGAUUUCCGCCAUAAAGAUCCGAACCCUUAAGUAUAUAAUUGACAUGUCUGUGUAGAGUCUGUGAAUUUUAAUCUAAAUGAACCUAUCUUUGUGGCCCUUCAGGUCAGGUGUGGUCCUGGGGUGAUGGAGACUACGGAAAGCUCGGUCGAGGGGGUAGCGAUGGCUGCAAGACCCCCAAACUUGUGGAGAAACUGCAGGACCUAGACAUUGUGAAGGUGUGCUGUGGUAGCCAGUUUUCAGUGGCUCUCACCAAAGACGGCCAAGUGUACACUUGGGGAAAGGGAGACAAUCAACGCCUUGGUCAUGGCACUGAUGAGCAUGUCCGCUACCCUAAGUUGUUGGACAGUCUACAAGGUGAGUUGACUAUAUUUAAGGACCAUCCCACUUUUUUGAUUCAGUUUUAGUGUGCCCUGAAAGAUUAAUUUCCCCCUUCAGAGAAAUAGAGACAAAGACGUUCAAGGGAAAUCUGUUCUUUUGUACAAUUUGAGUCUUAAUCUUCAUUCUCUUGUUUAGUUGUAAACAUAACAUUUUCAUAGAAAUGACCAAAGUCCUUGGCACAAUAUUUUACAAAGAUAUUUUGAUGAACUUUUAAUCUUUUUCAUUAUUAUUUCCAAAAGACAGCUGGGCAGCAAAGCUCUUUGUUUUUAAAUCAUUUUCUGCCUUUCAACUUGAAGUCUGCAUCUGAAACCGUCUUUCGAGAUCCAUUAUGAGGAUGAUAAACGGGAAUUUGAGAUCCGGAAGAGUCUUGUAAUGAGCAGCCUCACUCAGGAGUGCAGAGUAUCCUUGUGGGGGGAAAUGCAUGGGGCGGAAAUGGUCUUCAGAGGCUUUGAGAAUACAGAGACUGAUAGGUUUGUGCUAUAUUUGUCAGCAGGAAAGAAAGUCGUGGACAUUGCUGUGGGAUCUACACACUGUCUGGCGCUCACUGAUGAUGGAGAAGUGCACAGUUGGGGCAGCAAUGAUAAACUUCAGCACUUUGAUACACUCUUUUAUAACAAGAAGCAGCCUAAGGCACUCCCAGGUCUCAACUCCAAACACAUAGUGGGAAUCUCCUGUGGAUCAGGACAGGUAAACCAGAGCUUUCAUUCAUGAUUUUGAUAAACUUUUAAUAGAAGAAAAAGACAAUAUAAACCUCUUCUUCCUUUUGUUUCAGAGUUUUGCCUGGUCCUCGUGCUCGGAGUGGUCUGUCGGGCGACGUGUUCCCUUCGUGGUGGAUGUUUGUGCCAUGACCUUUGAGCAGCUGGACCUGCUCCUGCGACAGGUCAGUGAGGGGAUGGAUGGCAGCUCGGACUGGCCUCCCCCACAGGAGAAGGAGUGCAUGGUGGUGGCCACACUCAAUCUGCUCAGGCUCCAGGUAAACACAAAUCUCUCCAACACUUCCUGAUUUGUAACAGUUGUGUCAUUAUUCUGUGGCAGACUUUGAUUAUCUGCCGGUGCUAAAACCAAAUAAACUCUCCCUCCUCAGCUUCAUGCAGCCAUCAGUAACCAGGUGGACCCAGAAGAGCUGGGACUCGGCUUGGGCAGUGUGCUGCUUAAUAAUCUCAAACAAACAGUGGUGGUUCUAGCUAGCAAUGCAGGGGUCCUCAACACUGUGCAAGCAGCUGCUCAAGCUGUGCUACAGAGUGGCUGGUCAGUGCUGCUGCCCACCGCUGAGGAGAGGGCGAGGGCAUUAUCAUCACUUCUGCCAAAUGCUGGUGAGUACAAUACAGAACAUUAGCCAACACUCAUAAUAGAGAGUUAAGUUUAUUGUUGCUGUUAAUUUUUAGAUCAAGUGAAAAAGUUUGAGAUUACAGACACUGAGUUUUAUUUCCUUUAUUCAGCAUCUGGGAAUGAGAUGGGUGUCAGCCCUGGACGCCGUUUCAUGAUCGACCUGUUGGUCAGCAGUUUGAUGGCUGAUGGAGGUUUGGAGUCGGCACUGAAUGCAGCCAUCACUGCGGAGAUACAGGUCAGUGUGUUUGCUGCAUGAUCACUCCUCUUAUAUAUAUGCUCACAUUUAAUGAGACAUUGCCAUGACAAAGAACUAAAAAAUUUAGAUUGCAUCUCUUACGAUUGUCUUACUCUGGACUCUGCGUCACGAGGCAAAUGAAUCAGCUAAACAGGGUUUGUGAGUCUUGGUCUCACUAGUUGAUUUGAUUACAGCUAUGAUUACAAUUAUCUAGUCAGUGAUUUGAUUCAAUAUCACAAUGCUUUAGGAUGCUGUAUAAUUAUAAUAUAGACUGGUUAAGGGUAGUGUAGGGAUUCCAAAGAUAUAACUGACCCUCGUAUGUUUAUAGAUUUAUAUAAAAAUGCAAUAAAUAAUAAAGUCAUAAAUGUUACUCUCACUUCUAUAAUUACACAUAAUUUGUAAAUGUCUUUGUUUAUUUCUUGUGAAGUAGUCUAAACGUGUUGAAUUGCCAUGAAUUUCAAGUAUUCAAAAGAAUGUACAACUCUGUUUACAGUACGUUCUUUUCCAUAGCUCAACGUAAACACCUACUCUGUUAUUGACUUUGUAGUGUUUGUCUACUCAAAAGGCUUCCCCCUCCCCCUCCCACACACACACACACACACACACACACACACACACACACACACACACACACACACACACACACACACACACUCACACACUUGCACUUUCUCACUUUUGGACAGAUCAGCUUCCUGCACUUCUUUCUGUUUCCUCUUCAUUGAAGACCUUACACAUAAAAGAUCCCAUGACAAUCUGACUAUUUACAGGAGGAACAUUACAGCAGCGAUAUACAGCAUAAUGUGUGUCUGUCACUGUCAACAAGACUGGGCAGAGAGGAAAUGUGUGGAGAGCACAUUAUUAAAAAAAUAAAAAACAUAUCAAGCCUAUGAUGAACCAUAGAAACAGCUGUAUCUGGUCCUCAGGCCACAAUGUCAUUAGACACAUUUAAGUCCUGAUUGUGCAAAAACUGAUGAUCUGAACAUUUAAUGGUAGUCCAUGGUCUAUAAUUAACACCUGCCAAAACCUAACGCUGGUAGAGACUUUGGUGAGUAGUUGCCUGAGUGCGAUGUGUGGAAAAAUUUUUGUACCACCUUAGUCGUUUUUAAGAGAUGAAACUGUGCUGGGGUUUUAUCUUUGUGUUGCAUACAUACAGCUUGGAUUAUAAUAAUUUUUAUUCUACUACUACAUCAACACAGAAUUGCCCAUUGUAUGCGAUACAUCCUAAAAAAGGCUAAUUUUAACUCUCCUACCAUUCCGUGUUUAGUGUAAAUCUCAGGCUACACUUGCAGACUAAGUGAAUUAUUUUUCCUUAACAGUUUGGAGACACGCUGGGUUAAAAAAAAACCCUGCAGUUUUAAAAUUUAAUUGAUACAGAUUGCCAGGUCUCAAUGGUCUAAUCUCCUGUACCCACAACCCUAAUAUCUUUAAGUGACCCUUCCCAAGUUACAUUUACCAGAAGCAAAUGUUUGGAGUGUAUUAAGCAUCCAAUUAUCAAAACUCACAAUUUUUCACUUUUUAGAACAUCUGAAUCAGAGUAAAAGGAUCCAGUUGUUAAGGAGCAGCAGGUUUAACAAAAUUACGUGUACUCAACAUGAAAAUUGUACCAAGUAAACCGUUGACUUUAUUACUGUAAAGCUCAGGAACAACAUAAAAUCUAAUUUCAUCUAAUAUCACAUUGGAUAUAACAACCUAUGUAGACAUGGGAUCUGAAAUCUUUGGUUGGAAUGAUUUCAUUCAGGAUGUAAUUACAACUUCGUAAUCCAGCAGCCUUGUUAUUUAUUUAUUUUUCCAACAGGAUAUUGAAGCCAAGAAGGAAGCUCAGAAAGAGAAGGAAAUAGAUGAACAAGAGGCCAAUGCUUCCACCAUGCACCGCUGUCGAACCAUGUUGGACAAAGACCUCAUCAACACAGGCAUAUAUGAAUCAGCAGGGAAGCAAAGCCUGCCUCUGGUGCAGCUCGUGCAGCAGCUACUGAGGUACCUGCUCUAUGUAGAAUCAUGAUAUUAACACAUAUCGCUUCUUAUAUUCACUUCUUUCUGUCAGGUAGGAGACUGACACAUUUUGCUUUCUGCAGGAACAUCGCCUCCCAGACCAUCGCCAGGCUGAAGGAUGUUGCACGGCGUAUCUCUAACUAUUUAGAGGCAGAACAUGUUAGCAAGGAGCGGUCCGCCUCUCUGGACCUGCUGCUGCGGUUUCAGAGGCUGCUAAUUAGCAAGCUGUACCUGGGUGUCAAUGGCACAGAGAAUGGCAAUGGAUACAGUAAGUCAAGGGUUUCAUCACAAAUCGUUUUCUCUAUUAAACAAGCUGAAAACCUGACCAUGCGCUCUGAAUGUAAGUGUUUGAUUUCUCUGUGGUUUCCUGCAGAUCCUGAGCUCCUGGGUGUUGGUUCCUUGUUGAAAAAGUACAUAGCCCUGCUCUGUACUCACAUUGGAGACAUCCUUCCAGUGGCCACAAGUAUUGCCUCGACUGGCCGUCGUCAUUUUGCUGAAGUUUCUCGUGUUAUUGAAGGAGAUCUAACUGGUAAUUCCUCUUUUAAAAGCGUUGAGUGUUAAUCAACAGUGUGAAUUUCUCACUUUUUUAAAAACUUGUGCCACAGUUAUGGAUGUCUUGUUGUUUUGUCCCAACAGGUGUGCUGCUGCCGGAGUUGGUUGUUUCCAUUGUCCUCCUGCUAACCAUUGAUGCAGGUGUGAUGCAAGAGACUGGUUCUAUCCCUCUCCUGGCUGGACUCCUGGAGCACCUGGACCGCUUCAACCAUCUGGCCCCAGGACAUGAGAGGGAUGAUAAUGAGGAUCUAGCCUGGCCAGGGAUUAUGGGUAAAGUACCAACUCUGUUUAACAAAGUGGCAAGGGCUGCCCCACAGUAGCAAAUCACACAUGAGUUGAUGUUGAGAGUUUUCAUCGUUCAGUUAGUCAAAAAAAGGAGAGGGAAAAUACCCCAAACCUCAUUUUGUGGCUACACAUUAUGUUUCUAUCUUUGAGACUUAUCUGAUGAGAUGAUGGUAACAUAGCACAUGCUUGAAUAUCAUACAGAGCCAUUCACUCCUGUUUCUCAGUGAAGAACGUUGGAAGAAUGUAAAUAUGUUAAAGAAGCAAAUAUUUUCAGAAGUAUUCAGAUGAGUUUGGUUUCAAGCACAACGGUUGUAUUUCUUUAGUGUACUGAGGAUGAAGCACCUGUUUUAUGCAACAGAACCUCAACUUCAUAAUUAAUUACUCAGUUUUGCCAACACAGCUGGAUAAAUCAUGUUUAUUUAUUAUAAGAAAACUGUGGCCAUGGGCAGUCCUGGGAUUUAAGGGUUUGUAAACUGCUAUGAAUAAGACUUACCUUACUUGAAUCAGACUUUAGAAAGCCGGAGAAUGUUCAGUUACAGUUCAAAAGAACAAAGCAGGAGGGAUCAUGCAAUUUAGAGUUGAAAUAGAUGAACAAAAUAAUCCUUUGUAUUAGCUGUGAGCAAAUAUAUCGGCAGGUAGCUGACCGUGUUUGGUGCUUUACAAAAAACAUUUUGUGAUUUCAUAAUUUUCCUAUUUCUCUGUAAAGAGCACAGUUUUUAAAUCAUUCCUUUAACAUUUUACUCUGUCAUUGCUCAUUACUAAGGACAGCCCAGAAUGUUUCUGUUAUUAGAUAAUUUGAAGUUGAACUUUAGGUUGUUGUUGAUCCAAUGUAACUAGCUCUUGUUCUGCUGUGGCAGGAUCCUUCUUCACAGGACAGAGUUCAAAGAACAAUGAAGAGAUUUCCCUCAUUCGUAAGGCAGACCUCGAGAAUCACAACAAAGAUGGUGGAUUCUGGACAGUCAUUGAUGGAAAGGUCUACGACAUCAAGGAUUUCCAGGCUCAGUCCCAGUCUUUAGCAGGGAACAGUAUCCUAGGUAAGGCUGAAAUUAGAGUUUUUCUUUCGCGUCCCAUUUGACCAAAUUUUUUCUUACUUUGCUUUAAAAAGUGUUGAAGGUAGCUGACUAAAUGCCAAAUCUUGAUGGAUCUGAGUUCUUGUGGGGUAACAGUGUGUCUGUCCUUGCAGCUCAGUUUGCAGGAGAGGACCCUGUUGUUGCUCUGGAAGCUGCUCUACAGUUUGAGGACACCAGAGAGUCAAUGCAGGCCUUCUGUGUGGGCCAGUACAUGGAGGUAACAACUGUGACCAAACCACAUUCUGUAUAAACAACUCUAUUUUUCUGUUUCAUAAUCGAUUUUCAUGUGAUUUCUGCAGCCUAAUCAGGAGACAGUCACCACUCCAGACCUCAGUAGUCUGUCCUCCCCGCUCAUUGACACAGAGAGAAACCUGGGGCUGCUGCUGGGUCUCCAUGCCUCCUACCUUGCCAAGAGCACCCAUUUGUCCCCCAUGGAGAUUGAAUGUGCCAGUGGGUUCAGUAAUUUCAAAGCAGCUGAGUUUCAAAGUAAAAUUUUGCCUCCCCCCAAACCUUUAAAUUUGCUGGAAUUUCUCAUUUUUUUACUCAGAAUGGCUCCAGUCCUCAAUAUUCUCUGGAGGCCUGCAGACCAGCCAGAUCCACUAUAACUACAAUGAGGAGAAAGAUGAAGACCACUGCAGCUCCCUGGGUACAACCACUCCAGACAAAGCCAAACUCUACUCCCGAAGAAUAACCCUCAGCGACCACGCACAGCCUUUCCUGCAGGCAAUCGCUGACAACAACACUCAGGACCACACUGUGAAGGUGAAGGCAUUAGACCGGCAUUGUAACAACAUCACUUUGAAUCCAAACAGCCUCACUGUAGCACACCAAGAUCUAAAAUAUUGUUCUUUCUCUCAUUUGAUCACAGGACUUCCUAUGCCAAAUAGAGCGUUGCUGUAAACAGUACCAUCUUAUCACACCCAUCACCUUCCCCCCUGAGCACCCUGUGGAAGAAGUUGGCCGCCUGCUGCUGUGCUGCCUGCUCAAACAUCAAGACCUUGGUAACCUAGCAACUGGUCUCAGACAGGCUGUUUCUAGGAGUUAUUUUUGGCUUACUUUGUCAUUGAAAUGUUUUUCUUUUUAUUAUUAUUCAUGUGAAGAUACAUUAAAAGCAUUCCUCUCUCCUCUCCCUCAAUCUUCAAAUUCACUUCAACCUCCUCUUGUUACAGGUCACGUUGCUCUCUCACUUGUCAGUCAAUGUGCCUUGGGUGUGGACCAAGGGAAACAGAGGUCCCUCCCUAAAUCUGUGAUUGACGUGUGCCGCAUGGUCUACCAGGCAAAGUGUUCUUUAAUCAAGGUAGGCUUUGCUGUUUGGUCAACAUAAUACAAGAAUUUUCAACUGUGGUGAGAUAGUAUUAAACCACACGAGAACCUGUUGUCAUACCACAGCAACAAAAAUGAUCUCUGCAGAAGAAUCCCUGAACAUACACCAACAUUAUCUUUAUCUAUUUAAGCUUCAAAAUUCAUUGAAGUUCCUUCAUUUACAAUGAUUUAGAGAUACAAUCAAAACAAGCUCAAAUUAACUAGGGAUUAAUGAUCAGAUACAUGACUUUAAUUGUCUAGGAGAAACAGGAGCGAUGAUUGUCAGAGUCUUUCGGUAAUGAUGCCACACGUUUGGAGCAUAAAUACUAAAGGCCCAGUUUCCUAGUUCAGAGUAAAUCCAUGGUACCUGGAGCAUUAGACCAUUAGAAGAGUAAGUUUGAAAGGCUCUAGUGGUCCAGUUUUUUAGAGAGGUGAAAAAAUCGAAUGUAAAGUCAAAAUAAAGCACAUCACUCAUAAUGUAGGUGGAGUAUGUGGCUGCGCAGAGGGUGUGCUUUCUGUCUUUAUGUAGCCGUCAAUCAUAGUGCAGUGGUGUUUAGCUGCUUGGAAACAUCAUCAAGCUCCCACUUUCAAGGUUUAAUACAAUUAUGGACUUAUUUGUCAGUUCUUCAGAGCAUGAUUGCUUUGAAACAGUCUGUUUGUGAUGUGCUUUGUCUCUGUUUUGCUGCUUUGUUUUCAAUUGCAUAGUUGGCUCUCUUCACUCUCUUUUUCUUUUGCCUUGAUACUGUCAUAGAAAAAAAGAUUGAGCUUGUGUAAAGCUCCUAUGAGAAGUCUUUCCACAUUCAUGAAACUAACUGAAAUUCAUGAUAAUGCCUUUUGGUAAUAUCCAAAUGUCAUCUAUCAUAAUUUUUAAAGCCUAAAAUUGGUGAGAAAGUAAAGGUAUCAGAGAAGCAGCUAAAGAGACAGCUCUGUGUUUAUAUUUUACACAGAAUACUCAAUAAAUGAUGCAUCUGAUUGUCAAAAGUCAGUAGGAGGAGUUUUUAUAUAUAGUUUUUAUGUCAAAAGUCAGAAGUUUUUUGCUGUCAAAAGUCAGCACUCAGGCAUUUAGAGAACAACAUAACUAAAGGCUGCUGCUUCCACAUAGAGCGCCAGAAUUGACACAAGUCAAAAGUUCCUUACAGGAGCUUAAAUUCACAUGGUAUUGAAAGUUUUGAAGAAUCAAAACUUUAGAAAACUUGAAUGUUUGUAACUUGUGUGUUAUUAUAGCCAGACACCAGUGGAGAGGGUGUUGUGUGUUAUUUAAAAGUGGGAUGGGGCUUUUAAUGACAUGUUUGCUGUAUUGUAGACUCAUCAGGAACAGGGUCGCUCUUACAAAGAGGUGUGUGCCCCUGUCAUCGAGCGUCUGCGAUUUCUGUUUAACGAGCUGCGCCCGGCUGUGAGCAACGACCUGUCCAUCGUGUCCAAACUGAAGCUGCUAAGCUCUCAGCCCCGCUGGAGGAGGAUUACCCAGAAACUCAUCCGGGACCGCAGGAAAAAAAGAGGUGAGUUCUCCCUCAUGCAGCAGGGUACACAUUUAUGUAUUUUCUUAUACUUGAUGAAAUAUGAAUAAUGAUUUUGUCCUCUAGUGCCUAAAAAGUCAGAGUCUGCUGACAUAGAGGAGCCAAAGCUAGAGAAUGAAGGGACCAAUGAAGAGGAAAUAAAUGUGCACAUCAGCCCCACACCUGCCGACAGGAAAUCACCCACUAGCAAGCCAUCAAAGGUAGAUUAUCGGAGAUUAAUUACCGUAACAUUUCAGAAAAAUUAAAAGUUUUGUUAACUGUUUUUAAAAUCCAUGCACAUCUACUCCUGAUGCAGACAAAAAUCUAGCAUUGGUCCUACAGUUUGACAUUCUUGUAUUGUUUUAUCACUGGGCAGCAGGACAAGUGGCAACCGCUUCUAAACACUGUGGCCAACGUCCAGAAGUACAGGUGGCUGAAACACAGCGUUCAGGGUGCCUUUUCUCAGUCCAGCCUUAUGGCCACCAUAGUAGAGUUUGCACUUAAGGAGGAGCCGCUAGAUGUGGAGAAGAUGAGGAAAUGUCUUCUUAAACAGGUGAGUCUAAAUUACAAAGACCGAUCAAUAUGAUACAGAAUAAAACAAACUGAUCUACUGCAAAAUACGUAUAUAUAUUUUUUAACCACGUGGAGAAGUUACUAGUGUGAUGGAUGUAAACUUUGUUCCAUCAUAGCUGGAGAGGGCUGAGGUGAGGCUGGAAGGCAUCGACACCAUGCUGAAGUUGGCCUCCAAAAGCUUCCUGCUGCCCUCAGUUCAGUACGCAAUGCUCUGUGGCUGGCAGAGGGUCAUACCAGAAGGGACCAAUAUCGGGUAGGUCAACGACAGUUUUGGAUUUACAGUGAUAAAGACAUUAAGAAUUUCCUGUAAUCUUAAAAACUGACUUUAGAGAAUAGUUUUGGUAUUAAGAUAUGAAAAUUGUCAAAGGAGAGCAAAAACAGUUAAAAUAUCUGACAGAUGUGCAUCAUUUUGUCUCAAAUAAGAGAACAAGGAAUUAUAUUAAAAAUUAGAUAUAGAAAUUAGAAAUCUAACUUCUCAUUAAAACUAAUUUAAAAAAAACUGGUAUGCGCCGAUGUUUUACCCAAUUACAAAGGUUUGCAGUGUUUUUAACUAAACAAUCAUGUAACUGUGGCUGUGAAUGGUGUUGAUAUCAUUUGGAUAGAUCUUUCUAUGUGAUAGAUAAGUUAUAUUAAAUCCUAAACCCCUCUUUUCAGAGAGCCCCUGUCUGACUGCCUGAAAGAUGUGGAUCUGAUCCCUCCUUUUAACCGCAUGCUUUUGGAGGUGACUUUUGGGAAGUUGUAUUCUUGGGCGAUCCAUAAUGUCCGCAACAUCUUGCUCGAGGCCAGCGCACGCUUCAAAGAACUUGGUGAGUGGGGUAGUCAUACAGCUUGUGAAGAAAAAAAAAAACAAACACAUUAUUUCUACGUUUCAGACCUCUCGUACUCACAAACUACCUUUUUUUGACUAUUUCCUCUCCUUUCCAGGUGUACAGCCUGUUCCUUUGCAGACUAUCACCAAUGAGAACCCAGCGGGACCAAGUCUUGGCACCAUUCCACAAGCCCGCUUCCUCCUGGCCAUGAUACAUAUGCUGUCCCUGAAACAUGGCUCUAACAGCCUCAGUCUGCUGCUAAAUUCUGGCAUAUUAGCCCUGACACAGAGCAUACUCCGUCUCAUAGGCCAGUACUGUCUCCUCAAACAAACACCAACUACAAAAGUGGAAAGAGAUCUGUACACAGUCAUUAAUUAAUUUCUCUUGUGUUGAUUUGAUUUUCAGGACCCAGCACAGAUAUCAGUGAGGAGGACCUGGGUUUAUGUGCACUUGGAGGCUCAGCAACAGUACUAGAGGAGUCCAGAAAGGAGGCUGCCCCUGCACCCCUACCCGCAUCUGGCCCUGAACUGGCUGCAAUGAUGAAGAUAGGCACCAGGGUUAUGAGAGGAGUUGACUGGAAGUGGGGUGAUCAGGUAGCUAAAUCAGUUUUAUUUUUCUGGUUGGGUCAUUGGUCAGUUGCUUCACUUUAAUUAUUAACUAUUCAUGGGGAAGAGGACACAAGAAAGGUUUGACCCUGUGUGUGCUUUGUCAAGGACGGACCAGCACCAGGUCUGGGUCGGGUCAUCGGGGAGCUGGGUGAAGAUGGAUGGAUCAGGGUGCAGUGGGAUACCAGCAGCACCAACUCCUACAGGAUGGGCAAAGAAGGAAAAUAUGACCUCAAACUGGCAGAGCCUCCCCCGGCUGCUCAGCCCCCGACUGAGGACUCCGACACAGAGGAUGACACAGGUUAGUUAACUGUGCUGCCCAAAUGUGUGAAACCACUGAAGCUACAAGUUUGACUGUCAGUCUGUUUCAAACAAGAAGACAAAAUACAUAAAACAGGAGGGCACACAUGUAGGCAUUACAGACAUCAACACUAACACCAGACUACACAGAAAUCAUUUUUCUCAAAUAAAGGAGUUAAGGAUUUAUGUUAAAUUAGAAAUCAGCUUUCCAAUUUUUUGUGUUUUUUAUUCUUUUUUUCAAGCUGACAAUUUAUAAGUCACUUUGUACACAAACAAUGACUAAAAUGAAGUUACAGUUUUAGCUCCACAAAAUGAUUCUCUAGUUUAGCUUUGGGGUUUUUAAACAAAAGAAGUUGGAGGUUUUACUAAUUGGAGCUAGAAACCACUGCGCUGACAAUCACCCGUCUCUUCCUUUAAGAAGGUGAGCUGAUUGAGAAAAGCAGCCAUCCAACAGCUAUGAUGCUAACCAGCACAGUCAACCUGCUGAAGACGCUGUCUCUGACAGCUGGUAUCUACGCUGAGGUGCUGCAAACAGAUGCCACGCGGACCCUCUGUGGGCUGCUGAGGAUGCUUGUUGAAAGUGGAGCCAGUGACAAGUCAGGUAGAUGAACCUCAGUGUAUAUAAGUUGUGUUUUUAUCUUUUAGUAACACAACUUGAGUAUUGUUGUUUACUCAUAACACAUGUUUUUGUUGUUAGGCUCUCACUGUCACAGGCUGGUGUCUAGGGAGCAGCACAGGAGCUGGUGCACACUGGGCUUUAUCCGCAGCAUCGCUCUCAUGCCCCAGAUGUGCAGCACGCUCAGCACCUCUGCAUGGAUCAGCCUGUUGAUCCGAAUUGUUGAGGGACAUCAGUCCUUCAAUGCCAUCACUCUGCAGAGACAGGUGGGAUACAUACUAUUCUUCUGUUCUGAUGGUCAUUGUGUCAGAUUAGGUAAUCACAGAGACAGAUAUUGAUCUGUGUACUUGACCUACAGCCAUGACAGACUACAGGAUGGUAACCCAACCAGUCAUGACGUUGGAAGGAGGAGGUGUUAAACUUAAUGACACCUAGAAAUAUCACUGUUCCUCACUAACAAUUCUCUUUUUUCAGCAUCAUCCUCCUACAGCACAUCGGGGACAUCUUGAUAAACUUUGCCCUCAUUUCAUAGUUCCGUCUUUGGUACCAACUUCAUAAUUAGCCAUUUUUUCGAGGGCUUCAGACUUUUGCAGGUACAGAGCGCUUUGUGCUCUUGUUGGUGAAAACCGUUUGCAUGACUGAACAAGAGGUAGAUGGCAGAGAGAAAAUUCAGUCAUGCCAGCCUUUUUUGUUAGGGAUCUAGACUAGGAUUGUUAAUUUUCAUUGAAACUGAUAUGAUUAUGGAAACUCCUAAAUGAUUGAGGUCCUCAUCGAUACUCCUUUUUAGUCUUUUCUAUAUUGUUUUACUUCACACGGUUGUAUUUAAACAGAAUACAAUUUCAAAUCGUGUUUUUAUGCAACUCUCAGUGCUUUCUCUCAUCACUGAAGCAUAACUAAACCGGUUAGACAAAAGCAGCACCAACAGUCUUCCUUCAAGAAUUGAUAAGGGAAACAAACCCGAUGUAUCUGCUGUUGGUUUAACUGACUUUCAAAGGGAAAAGGCUGAAAAUGACAUUACCUGACCUGUUAUUUCUCUCUGUGUACUUGCAGAUUCUGGCCCUGCGUCUCCUGCAGGCAGUCUUACCUUCUUGGGAUAAAACGGAGCGCUCUCAGGACAUGAGGUUUCUGGUGGAGAAAUUGUUCAACUUCUUGGGAAGCCUGCUUAGCACCUGCUCCUCAGACCUGCCACUUCUAAGAGGUAUACCUACCAUCGUACUAUUGUAAAUGUGAUGUUACUUUGUUUUUUUCUAUAAGCAUCUCUAAAUGACCUUCUCUUUUACACAGAAGGAUCCCUGCGAAGGCGGAAGUCCCGCCCUCAGGCUUCUCUCACAGCCACUCACAGCAGCACCCUGGCUGAGGAGAUAGUUGCUGUCUUGCGCACUCUGCACUCUCUCAGCCAGUGGAACAGCAUGAUUAAUGAUUACAUCAACACUCAGCUCAACUCCAUCGGAGACGUCAUGGCUGGCUGCCAGUCUGAAGCGGUAAGAUUUAUCUGGGUGUUAUGGUUCAAUUUUCGUCUGAAGUGCUUUCACUCUUGUUAAAGAUGGAAUGAACAUCCUCAAUUUCUGUUUCAGACAUUCUUGGAGGAUUAUUUUCCUGACGCUGAGGGUCCCAGAGUGGGCAGUCUAAUGGCUGUGCUGGCAGUUAUUGGAGGGAUUGAUGCACGCCUCAGGCUUGGAGGCCAAGUGAUCCAUGAGGAAUACGGAGAGGGCACAGUCACUCGCAUCACCCCAAAGGGACGCAUCACUGUCCAGUUUCAUGAAAUGAGGACCUGCAGGGUUUGCCUGCUCAGCCACCUCAAACCGGUAUUUACGGGGUUUAGAAUCUAAUACUUUUGCAGUAAACUAGCAUAGCAGUGCUUCUUUCUCCUUAACAGUUUAACAAGACAACAUUAUACUAACUUUAUUUCCUUAUUUUCAAUAUUCUCCAUAGCUACCUGCAGUAUCUUUCAAUGUACACAACCUGCCAUUCACUGAGCCCAUGCUGGCAGUCUGGGCUCAGCUGGUCAGCCUGGCUGGAAGCAAACUGGAGAAACAACGCAUGAAGAAGUCCCUCAGUCGAGGGCUUACAGGUACAGAAGCACACGUGUUGUGAAUUUGAUGGUCUGACUCUUGAAUAAAAACAGUAAAAAAGGUAGUUUGUUUGGUUCUGAUUUUAUGGUAAAUAAUGUUAAUAAUAAUAUAUAAUAAUUGACAAAUACAAAUAAUGACUGGAGAAGCCUUUUGUCUGAGCUGUUAUGUCUUGUUUUGGAUUUCAUCAAAGCUCUCCUGUCUCUAGCUGACCAGGUGGACAUCCAUCUGCUGCGGUGCCAGCAGCUCAGGCUUUACAUUUUAAAGGCCGGGCGGGCUCUGCUCUCCCAUCAAGACAAACUCAGACAGAUCCUCUCUCAGCCUGCAGUGGUGGACAUAGGACCAAACCCCAGCGGUAAGACAGCAGCACUGAAGGGUUCAGAGCUGGGCUUUGGAGCGCUUCUGAAAAUCCUUGAAGGGAAACUAUUUUUAGUUUAGUAAAGAUCAGAAUUUUAAAUAGUCAGUGUCUUUUCUUGUGACUGUAAAUUAGUCAAAGUGUCAAUAAUGUGACAGGGUCUGAAUUUUGCAUGUUAGAAUACUUUCAGGAAUGUGUCUGAUUCAACACUCCGCUUACCUUGCUCAUUUUUGAGUUUUGGGUGGAAUAAAAGUUAGUGUGGAUCAACAUUUCAGGGGAUCAAAAUUUUUCUGUACUCUUUGCACUCUUGUUGUACUCAUGUUUUUUGUUUUAAAUGUUUUCAGAGGAUCCAGUGGUGUCGUCCCCGGAUGUUGGAGACCUCUCUCCUGAGGGUCCUCUGCCUCCACUGAUCCUCCUGCAGCAGCUGCUAUCUGCUGCCACCCAGCCCUCCCCCAUCAAGGCUAUUUUUGACAGACAGGAGAUGGAGGUGAGUUUGAACAGCUUAGUUUUUGUAAUCUCACGAUGAGAGGCAUUUGAAUAUUUUAAACCAGAGCCAUACAUUUCAGAUAUUUUGGGGCCCUGAAUGGACAUUAGACACAUUAAGUGCCGCAUUUGUCCUGGUAAAUUCUACAGCCUGCAAAAUGAUUGUGAUGACUGCAGGGUAGAUUAGUAUUGUGGGGAAAUCACUGUCAAACUAUGUCCACCCAAAAUCAAAUAAAUUUGCAACUGGAAGGCAUCAAUUGAUUUCCCUGUUUAGUCCUUGAUGAUGAAACACAACAGAUGCCUUCUAAGAUGAGCAGUGAUUUAAAGCAAGGGGAUAUUUUUUAUUAAAGAAUAUCCACUGGUAGCCACAUUACACGUUACAAAGCCAUUUGAUUUUAGAGAGCAGCUUGGAUCCAACUCCAAACACUUAAACAAUUAGAAAGAAAGAAAGUCACAAUGCUUGAAGGACCUGAAUUCCCUUCACUAAGUGUGAGUGGCACAGCUGCAUACAUGAAAACCGAUAGACUCAGUUUGACCUCAGUGCUGUGUGUUUAUUUCUGUUUGUAUGUAGGCUGCAGCUCUGGCAGUGUGUCAGUACCUGGCCGUGGAAUCGGCCCACCCGUCCUCCCCACUGUUUGAAGAGAGCAGCUCCAGCGAGGCCACCACACCCGUCACUAUACAGCAUGUCCGACCCCCCAAACAAAAGAAACAGAAAACCUCACCUGUCCCUCCAUUACCCAUAGUCCUUCAGCUCAUGGAGAUGGGGUUCCCGAGGAAAAACAUUGAGUUUGCCUUGAAGUCGCUAUCUGGAACUACAGGCAGUGCCUCUGGUGUCCCAGGUACAGACACCAUCUUCAGAGUUUCACCUUCUUGUUUGAAAUGUGCUGCAGAGGAAUGUGUGCUAUAUCUGUGUCAAUGUUUGAUUUAAUGUGGUGAGAAAUACUCAUGGAGAUAAAUCAAACAUAUGAUCAUCAGGUGUGGAGGCUCUGGUGGGCUGGCUGCUGGACCAUCCAGACAUUCACGUCACUGAGCUGUCAGAUGCCGACACUGUGUCUGAUGAAUACUCUGACGAAGAGGUGCUGGAGGAGCUGGAGGACGCUGAGCCGACCUUCCCUGUGGUUAGCCUUUCUUUUUCUUUACAUUUUUUCCACUUCAUAAUGCACGGUACCGUUUAUUCAGCCAACACAUUUCUCCAAAUAACAUAAAUAACAACUUUAAUAUAUAACAUUGUCUGUGCAUGAUUUUAGCCUCCAGGUGCGGUGGUGACUGAAAGCCAAACAUUUAAGAAGAGAUCAGAUUUCCAAAGCAAUGAUGAUUAUGCUGUUUAUGUGAGAGAGAACAUCCAGGUAAGAGUAUUGAAUCUUUUAUUAUAAAAGAAAAUCCUAAAUCCUUCUUUUAGGGUCAUCUUUACAUCAUUUUGAUUCUUAUUAACUUGUAGGUACAAAAGUGUUGAAAUUUGGUUUUAGUUAAACUCAAACCCUCAGCCCCCCCAGUGACUGUCAGCCUCACUCUUUCCUCCCAGGAUAUCAUGACUCUCUGCUGUCUUUUUUUUUUCUAGAAAUAAUCUUGUUAGCCACAUUUAAACAUGCCUGUAUUUUCUAAAUCGUAGUUUUUCAAGGCAAAGGAUGUCCACUUAAGGUCCACUUGACAGUUUCAGAUUGUUAUUCUGUACAGAGUCUCAGUACUUUUAGACUUCCACACUCCACCAUUAACCGCGUUAAUGAAAGUACAGAAACUGAUUAAGAAAAGUUUAUACAAAGGUCAUUGUCUAUAUGCAUGCUGGCUUGUCAGAACCUGUCAGUGGCAAAAACAAGAACUUGAACACUUUAAUAGGAUGAAUUUUUCUCUAAUGAAGGUUGAGAAGACAUUGCAGCCCUACAGCAGCCUAUAAGAUUGCAGUGAAACAGAAAUACAGAACUAUGUAGCUCUACGUUAGUGAGAACUCAGAACAUGUUAAAGAAAAAUCUGCAGUGUUUUUAAAGUUGCUUGUAAAAGUGGACAUGAAUCUGAUUGGUCGUUCUCCUCUGCAGGUGGGGAUGAUGGUGAAAUGCUGCAGAACGUAUGAGGAAGUGUAUGAUGGAGAUGUUGGGAAAGUGAUUAAGCUGGACAGAGAUGGGCUUCAUGACCUGAAUGUUCAGUGUGACUGGCAGCAGAAAGGAGGAACGUACUGGGUCCGCUACAUCCACAUAGAGCUACUAGGUGAGCUUCAGGGACCUUGUUUGAACUGGAUGCUCCUGUGAUGGAAUUAGUGGAUCUUGCUUGUGAUAUUUUGUGAGAUCAUUGUGUUUUUGUGUUUUAGGGUUCCCACCACAAAGUUCUCCUUCCCAUAUAAAGAUUGGUGACAAAGUGAGGGUGAAACCUACAGUCACAACACCAAAGUACAAAUGGGGCUCAGUCACUCACAGGAGUGUCGGAGUUGUGAAAGGUAAGAGUUUCAUUUAAGCCGUUAAACUGAGUCCUGAGUUUCUGUUCUGUGUGUGAUCUAAAGAGACAUCCUCAUUGAAGUUACUGAUGGCUGAAUCUUCUGUUUCUGCACUGACUUUAAUGGUUUGUUUAGCUUUCAGUGCCAAUGGAAAGGAUGUGAUAGUGGACUUCCCUCAGCAGUCUCACUGGACUGGUCUGUUGUCUGAAAUGGAACUGGUACCCAGUGUUCACCCUGGAGUCAGGUACAGAUACAUUCAUGAUUCUCAUCUAGCUAGGGUUGCAUCAACUUCCCUCUCUCUUUCUUGGUGGCAGUUUUGGUCCGUCUUGAAAGUUGAAUAUGAAGAGUAUUCCCCUGUCCACCAUGUUUGUAUGAUAGCCCAGUUUUUCAGAAUGUGGUGCCCCUACAACAAACCCACUCCGUCUCAAUAUGUUGUCGUCUUGUCCACAGGUGUGACGGCUGUCAGAUGUUUCCUAUAAACGGCCCCAGAUUCAAAUGCAGAAACUGUGACGACUUUGAUUUCUGUGAAAACUGCUUCAAGACACGCAAACACAACACCAGACAUUCCUUUGGCAGGAUCAACGAGCCUGGUUAGCACAGCUUUCACACAGUUAGUGUCUAUGAUGUGUCCUCAAUGGUGCAUUUGUGUAACCCUAUCUAUCUUUUCUCCUGUCAGGCCAGUCUCCAGCUUUCUGUGGUCGCUCUGGGAAACAGCUGAAGAAGCAUCACAGCAGCCAGCGCGGGAUGCUGAUCGACGAUUGGUCUCGUGUUGUCAAAAGCCUCAAUGUGUCAUCCUCGGUGAACCAGGCCUCACGCCUCAUCGACUGCAGUGAUCAGUGUUGGCAGUCCUCUGGAUCGCAGGGAAAGGCAGGAGAUUGGAUUGCCUUCUCUAAUAAGCUGAAUAAUAGGCUAUUCAGUUCAGUUUUAUUAAAGUGUAAUGCAUCACUUGACAGGUUUUGUCGUUCUGUCUUUCUGCAGCAUUGGAUUCGCCUCGAGCUCUUCCCAGAUGUCCUCGUGCACAGACUGAAGAUGAUUGUGGACCCUGCAGACAGCAGCUACAUGCCAUCUUUAGUUGUGGUGUCAGGUGGGUGACAUUUAUGACGUUACUAUUUAAAUUAUAACCAAAACAGUAUUUUGUUGUGUUACAGAAACACACAGACUUUUUUGGUUUUUAAAGUACACAACUUUUGCUGCUGAUCUGAUCUGUGCUCAACGAACAGCUGCUCACGCCUGUACAGAUCAGGUGUCUCCAAAUACACCUGCAGUGAUCACAUACAGAUCUGCAUUCUGUAAGAGCAUGUUACAAGCCACCAUUGUUUUAGCUCCACUCUCACAUUGUUGUAAUAUUUUAGUAUAAUCUGUGAGUACAGAUUGCUUUAAAGGAGACUUUUGGUUUAGCCAGUGGCAGCAUGCCCUUUCCUGAUUUGGCCCUUGUCUGGCUUGUGCUGCUGAUAUUCUUUCCUACUGCUAUUGAGAAUUGAAGAUACAGUUUGCAAGACAUAAUGACAGGCUCAUGCCUAUUUGAUAUGUUACUUCAGGCUUGUUUGCAAGGAUAAGAAAAUGUUUCAAAAAGAUCUUAAAAAUCCCAUUUUCUUUCAACAGCCGACUGACAUGAUUUUAAUGAUUUUCAUGGAUGUUUAUUUUCUUCAUACACAGGUGGAAGCUCUUUAAACAACCUAAUUGAGCUGAAGACUGUAAACAUCAAUCCCACAGACACCACUGUUCUCCUGCUGAGUGACUGCACCGAGGUCUGCAGAUUUAAAAAUACUCUGAAAUCGUCUCCUGGUCUUAAAAAUUUGUUUAUUGAAGUAACUCUGUUGAUAUUCCUCUUUAGUAUCACAGAUACAUCGAGGUCGCUAUCAAGCAGUGUCGCAGUUCUGGUAUAGACUGUAAGAUUCAUGGACUUGGCAUCGUUGGACGAAUCAGAGCAGAGGACGAAGACCUCGCCACUGUUCCCUUUUUGGCAUCUGACAACGAGGAGGACGAUGAUGACAAAACUGCCACUGGGAGGUAACGCAGGCCCUCAUAAUCGUUUCCUGGUGAAAUAUGGGGUUCUAGAUGUUGUUGACAUGCAUCAGAGAGCUAGUGUUUCUGUUUUGAUGAGUAAACUUGAGUCUGGGAGAUUAGGAAGAUUAAGAUUAAUCUUUGUUUUUUUUUUUUUGCGUGUGUGUCCCAUCAGUCUUGCACGUAAGAAGUCAUCAGGACUGGAGUCAGCGGCCACCAUCAGGACUAAAGUCUUUGUCUGGGGUCUGAAUGACAAGGACCAGCUUGGAGGACUGAAGGGUUCUAAGGUAAGGCUUUUGUGUCUCAGCUAGUUUUUGUUGGCCCAGCCUCAUAUCCUCUUGAUAAAGGAAUAACAAAUGUAAUUUGGGCCUUUUAACAAUGUUUUACUCUCACAGAUUUGCUGUUAAUCAUGAAUGUACUAUUUAACUCAAGUUGCAAACUUGACCAAAUAAAAACGAAGUGACAACACCAGAUUUGACAGCUGAGGUGUGAAAGAUUUUUGUAAAAAUGGGAUCACUGCAAUCAUAAAGACACUGAAUUACCUCUUUCUAAAUAUCUGAAAGCUAGGCUUACAUGUUUUUUUUUGCACUCGUUUCAAUUUUAUUUAUUUACUUCCAUUUUUACUGAUUAUAUCUUUAUGUCCCGACCUUGUUUGUGUCUGUAUAAGACAAAAAAUAUAAAAUAAAACGACUAAAACUGAAGCAUAAUCAUUUAGGCUUAGUUGUAAAGAGGGUGGUCAAGUUUAUUUUAAAGACUGAGAUUAACAAGACUUUCUGCUACUGACAGUCUGGAGUCUUAAGAGUUUCCAGAGGUCUAAAACUAACUCAUAUCACAGAAUCUGGCUCAAAGUAGGUAACAAAUUUUUUAUCCUUUUUUUAAAAACCAGAAAUACUUGUUAGGUACGUGUGGGCUAAUGUAACAAACAACAGGUAGAAAUGACCCUAAGGUGGAAACAAAGUCUCUGCAAUGACAUGACUAAAUGUACUUUGUUACAUGUAUCCAGUGACCCCAGUGAACCACCAGCGUUCAUUGCUGUGAAUUGCAGUGACUGACAGUUUGUCUUUAUUUGUGUUACACUUGUAUAACUCUGUGGUGGUUAUCCAUGACAAACAGAGGGGAGUAGACAUGUCCUGUUAGUGAACCUUUGGAGGAAGCUCAGAGGUUGCGGCUUACUUGAAUCUCUUUUGUCUGUGUCAUCACAGAUCAAGGUGCCCUCUUUCUCGGAAACUCUCUCUGCGCUCAAUGUGGUUCAAGUGGCCGGUGGUUCCAAAAGCCUGUUUGCAGGUGAGUGAUAAAUGAAAACCAGAGACACUGUUCUUUUUAAAGACGAGGGAGCUGUUUGUGACUGUCUUCUGCUGUCACAGUGACGGUUGAGGGGAAGAUUUACGCCUGUGGAGAGGCCACUAACGGCAGGCUGGGCCUGGGUCUGUCCAGCGGGACCAUCCCAAUCCCCCGUCAGAUCACUGCGCUCAGUAACUAUGUGGUGAAGAAGGUUGCUGUGCACUCUGGGGGACGCCACGCCAUGGCCCUGACUGUAGAUGGGAAGGUGUUCUCCUGGGGAGAGGGAGAUGAUGGCAAACUAGGACACUUCAGCAGAAUGUAUGUUAUCGUCCAAAAAUGCUGCACUUUUCUCAGUCACACCACAGAAUGUGUUGGCUGCAUUGUUAGUAGACUUUUUGUUAAAAGUAAAUUCUUAUAGGUACAUAUGAAGUCAUUAUCCCAUACUUUCAUUUGGUUCAUUUAUUCAGUCCCUCUUUAUUUAUAUUAUGGGAAGCCGUAUGUGCAGUAUGUGUAUGUAUGUCCAAGGCACUCAGUUUUAUCAAGAGAUUACUUAAAAAUGAAACCAAAAAAUAUGUAUGUAAAAAAUUGGCUUAACCUUGAAACAUAAAAACAUUUACGAUGCAAAUAAAGUUUUUGUUAUUCACAGCAGUUUUGGGCAGAGGUUGGUGAAUUUUGACAACCCCCUAAAUGUUCAGAAGUAUGAGCACAUAGGCUUAAAGAUGAUGCUGUAAAUGUUUAUUUUUUGACAUCUACUUAAAAAAGGUUUGUGAUGACCUUUCUGAUAAUGUGAUAAAGAUAAGUAUGUAUGAUUUUUGAUUUCAGGAACUGUGACAAGCCUCGGUUGAUCGAGGCGCUGAAGACAAAGCGUAUCAGAGACAUUGCCUGUGGCAGCUCUCACAGUGCAGCCAUUACCUCCAGCGGGGAGCUGUACAGCUGGGGUUUAGGGGAAUAUGGACGCCUUGGACAUGGAGACAACACCACUCAGCUGAGGCCGAAACUGGUACGUGUGCAUGUUCUCCCUCUCUGACAACUUCACUUGCACACUGAUGAGGCCAGAGUAAUAGAGAUAUGGUGCACAGCUUUUUUGUAUCAUCCCUUAGAAAGACAAAUACUCUCAAACAUAGAUUUAUUCUACCAUGUGUCCCACUUUGUGAAUGAUCUUUAUCUGCUAUAAAUCACUGCAGAUACAAAGUUCAUUAGCUGACCCCGUGCACCUGGUUGUCUGUGUCUUUUAGGUAAAAGUGCUACUGGGACACCGUGUUAUCCAGGUGGCUUGUGGGAGCAGAGAUGCUCAAACCCUGGCCCUCACUGAUGAAGGUAUUUCUUUCAAAGUGCACAAAUUCUACCUCUCUGAAUUUCAUGCCACUUGUAGCAGAGGACGUUUCGUUUUGAAAUAACUCCAACUAUGCAUGUCUGUUGGAAACAUCGACUGCAAACAAAAACUCCACAGUUGACUUUUCAGCGGUCGUCCUUGGCUUUUAUUGAUGUGUUUCAGUUCGUGGUCAGCAAUAUUUGUUUGUCUUGCUGUCAGGAUUGGUGUUCUCCUGGGGUGAUGGGGAUUUUGGAAAGCUGGGUCGCGGAGGCAGCGAGGGCUGCAACAUCCCUCAGAACAUAGAGAGGCUCAACGGUCAGGGUGUCUGCCAGAUUGAAUGUGGAGCUCAGUUCUCCUUGGCCCUUACGAAAUCUGGAGUUGUGUGGACCUGGUAAGAGAAAUAAAUGACUGUACUUGAACAUUCAUUUUUUUGUCUGUUUGUCUACAGUAAUGGUUUAAUGUUUGUGUUCCCUAACAGGGGCAAAGGAGACUAUUUCCGGUUGGGCCAUGGCACUGAUGUCCAUGUGCGGAAACCCCAGAUGGUGGAGGGACUGAGGGGGAAAAAGAUUGUUCACGUCGCUGUUGGAGCACUGCACUGUUUGGCUGUUACCGAAACCGGACAGGUUUGUUCUGACCUUCACCAUCAGUGUUUUACACCCGAGCACAUCACUCAGAAGCUCCUCUCAUUCACAGCCAUGGCUCUGUUCCAGCCGUGUGACUGUCUUCGCCUUUGGAGGGAGUUUAUUUAUCGGCUCUCAAUCCACUUUUCAGGCACCUCUGACCUUUGCUGUUACACACCUUAUUCCAUCUUGUAUAUUACCUCCUCUCAGAACAAAUUCAAUAAUGUCAGGACAUCACUUCCAAUGAUGGGAGGCAGUUAUUGAUGUUUUAGGCCUUUAAGAGGUUAUUAAGAUUGAGUACUUGGAGGAGUGCCCCAAGGAUGUCUUCUUCUGCUUAUUUUAAGUCCUGAUCACUGAGGGUCAUACGCAUUUCAGAGGAAUUUAAAUUAUUUUGAAGAUUAUGAUGUAGUCUUUUUUUUUUUUUUUUGGUGAUAUUUUGGGGCGUUUUUGCCUUUAUUGAAUAGGACAGCUGAAGAGAGACAACCUCAACAAAAUCCAAUCAUGACUUUGUGUUUAUCUGUCAGGUGUAUGCAUGGGGUGACAAUGACCAUGGCCAGCAGGGGAACGGCACCACCACAGUGAACAGGAAGCCCACCCUGGUGCAGGGUUUGGAGGGACAGAAGAUUACUCGAGUGGCUUGUGGCUCCUCCCACAGCGUGGCCUGGACCACUGUGGAUGUGACUACGCCAUCGGUUCACGAGCCAGUGCUUUUCCAGACGGCCAGGGACUCCCUCGGAGCUUCUUAUUUAGGUAAUGCCAUCAUUUUUUGUAGCCAAUCUAGACAGAGAAGUCUGCCCUGUUCAUGUGCCACCAAAAUGCUUCAGUCUUUAUGCUCUUUAUAUGUUUGACCAUUUGGAAAUGUAUAGACAUCAUGUGGAGGUUGCACACAACACAAAAAAUAUUCAAACCAAGAUCAAGACAAAGGGAAAAUGAUUAAAGAAAAUACAAUAGUUGAGGAGGAAUCUAUAUAGAAGUGACAAAACAAGCUAAUCAGUUAAAGAACAGAAGAUUGAGAAAUUGAAAACAAAGGUAGAAAUGUAAUUAACCAUAAGUGAUAUCCAUUUUUUAUUUUUAUAAUGGACCGAAAUCAUUUGGACACAAAGCAUUUUAAAUAUAAAUGCUCAAAGUUUUUAUCAGUCUCAGGAGUUUAUUUCACAUUUAAACCUUUUCUCAAGUGUCACAGUCGAUGGAUUUCUGUCCACUCUCUCAGACUCUGUGGCUUAAUCCUAUGAGUGUCUGAGUUUGAAUGUCUAAGUGCUGUCCCACUCAUAAAUCAUCAGGUGAGUUAGGGUCCUGAUAUGAGCUUUAAAAAGUACUUUCCUUGAGUCCACAAAUCUUUAGACUUCUAUGAAGGACUUACCCAGAGUUCAUUGCAAACUUGGUGAUGUGAAGGAUAUGAUUGUCAAGCCAGUCACUAAAAGUAACAAUAGUUUGUUUCCUGAGGCAGUACUCUAUAAAGUUACAAGAGAGUAUUUUACAGGAAUAUGUUAAGGCAGCAUACAUGUGGAAAAAUCACAAAUGAGGCAACGUGGAGCACUUUUUUAAGAGCUGUCUGUGUUUUGGAGUUAAAUAUUUACAACUACUGAACACUGAAGCUGUUCUGACUCCUGAUACUUUGCUUAAAUUUAGAAGCUCUUCCAUGUAAGACAAAUACACAAUGUAAGGUUUAUUUUGUACAUAUGUCAUAACGGAGUGUCCCACUGCUCUUUUUCAUAUCAUCUUAGUUUUUUACUGACUCAUACACUCAUCCAGUACACGCCUGAUGUCAUUACUGACGUCUGAGCCCACGAGUGUUCAGUGCUCAGGCUUGAGGCUGAGGAAUGGGAUUGUAUCCAGGACGUCCUCAGAACCUCACACAAGUACAUUAGAAGAGGAUUGCCCACAAGAGGGAGCUGUUCUGACACUGUCUGGUCAUAGCUGUACUUAUCAGUCUUCUAUGAAGGGAAAUUUCUAAACCUAAUCACAGAAGUAAUUUGAGUAAUUUAACAAUUUUUUUCUAAUUUCCCUCCUAAUUUUAGGAUUUAAUGUAUGCAUCUAUGUAUUAGCACAAACAUGUAUUUUCUGCACCCUCCUUGUCUGUUUUCAUUGCAUGCAUGAUGGAUUAAGUUUGUUUGCUAUCGGUCCUUCAUGUUCCCUUUUUGUGUGUUCUUGACAUUAUGACACUAAGAUAUAAUACAUUUAUUUGACCUUUCCUUGUACACAUCUAUGUCAUGGGCCAAAACACAAUGUUUUUAUUUAUUAUAUUUUAUCAUCAUGUCAAUUAAUACAGCAGGGAACAAGGACAGUGAACUGCUAUAGUACUGAUCAUUGGGAGAAAUAUGCUACAAAUAUAAUUCAAGAAGACAAAUGUAACUGAAGAAACAAACUAAGAAAAUGCAGCAAAGAGACAAAAUAACUUAAUUAACUGUAAACAUGCUGUUAACACAUAAAUGAUGAAAAGCCACAAACACACAAAGCCAGAAAAAGAAGAAAAAAGGUGCUCAGUGGAAGUGGUUUUGGGCCUGUUAGAAGAAAAAGCUUUCUAUUGACUGGACAGAGGAGAAUUUGUACUUGUUUUUCAGAUUUUUUGGGGGGAGGGGGCAUUUUACUUUUAUUGAUCUUUACUGUUCCACUGUGAGAGAGACAGAAAAGAGGAGGGGGGUGACGUGCACCGAACCAUGCUGGGGUUAGGAAUUGAUCCUGCAAACAGUGCAGAAGGGGCUGUGACUGUGGUCUAGAGGGUGCCAGACUAAUCACGCCUCAAGAAGUUCUAUUUUGAAUCUGAAUGGUCUGAGCAUUUGGUGCAUGUUUCCAGCUAUGAAAAUUAGUCAGACUACUGCUAAUUCUCUACCCUCUGCUGGUAACCAUCAAUUAAUCAUGUAAUUAGUCUUGAUUAAUCUGUUAAUUUCCUUGUAUACAUGAAGACAGGUGAAUGAAAAAGUCUAUGAAACUGUUUCAAGAUAUUGAGUCAUUGAAGCAUUGAAGUAAUGGCCAAAGUUUGAGAAGCUGUUAAAGUUCAUAAGAACCAGAAUGCUGUUACAUAAAUACAGUUAUCUUGAGGAUUUUUUUGACAUUUUUAAAUGGACUGUAAUUAAAAUUAAUGCCUUUUUAUGAUAAAAGCAAAUCUGAACGUCAGAAGCAAGACUCAAGUUCUUACAUGUUACGAUUUAAUGCCUGAAACCAGUGCCGGGGGGUAGGUAUCAGCAAACAGCUGCAGAAGCAGUCCUGUUUUUCACCGAAAAUGUUGACAAUAAAUGAUAAAUUUGACCAUAUAAAGUCAAAAUGAUGAUAAGAUUUUAGUCAGAAGACAAUGUGUAGGCAUAGAGGACAAGAUAAGCACAGACUGCUUUGUCCACAAGGGGCACUAUGACACAAACUAAAACUUCCUUGUAGGAGCUUUAAACUCCUGUCACAGAAAAACUGGAUGGGUUCUAUUAGAGAAUACAAAGCACUAAAACCUGCUUCCAUGAAGCCCAGAUGUUGCUCUGAGCAUACAUGCUGCUAAUCUUGUGACUGCUUGUGAGCUUCCUGUAAAAAUUCCUCUCACACUUCCUAAAAAUAGGGACAGUUACAGCACGUGUUUUCUUGAUUUUCCUCCAUUACAAUUAUGUUAAUCUAAAUAGCUCUGGUACACUACAGUAUAUUUUCCAAUUCUAUUUUAUUGCAAAUACAUACAGUUUACAACCAAAGCAUGACUUGUUUGUGAAAGGACAUAAAUAACAAAUUUUAAGAAAAAAAGCAUCAAAACCCUUCAGAGUAUUUUGCAGUGUAAGCUUUGAUAAAAAAAAGGUCCCAGUUGUGUAAAGACUAACCUGUAGAUAAGAAGUACCAGUUCUCUUUUAAGCGGCAGAAGCAGAUGGAAUCAGCUCUAUGAAGAAAAACCUGCAUCAGUGGGGCUCAUUUCCUGCAGAGUUGCAGAAUGUGUCGCUGUUUAUGGCCUGUAGUCUGGAGACGUUUACAUCUGCGUGUCUAGACAGCUGUUGCAGUUACUUUUAUUUAAGGGAAGUUAGACUCAGACAGGCCGGCUGGAUUUAUUGGUUAACACACUGGUUUACAAUGCUCAGAGCUUGUUAAGGAUGCUCCCCAUCAGUGACAGUGUGUCUCUUUGUUUUGCUGUUGUGCUCUGCAGGUGUUCAGUCAGACAGUGACUCAUCAGCUGUGAACAACAAGAUGAGCGGGCAGAGCAGCGUGAAGCCUAAUCGACCCUCGCUGGCUAAGAUUCUGCUCAGCCUGGACGGCAACUUGGCCAAACAGCAGGCUCUGUCCCAUGUUCUGUCAGCCCUACAAAUCAUGUAUGCAAGGUAUGUCAUCCAAAAGGUGUGAAGUGAACUCUUGGGGCGAGUCAGAAGACACACAUGCACAAUCUGUAGCUCUAACACAGGCAGCUUUAGACUGGCCUGAGGACCUGAGGCCUGUGUCAUCCUGCCUUCUCUUUUCUUUAAAGGUUUCUAUUCAAAAAUGUUUUAAAAAAAAGGACAUGAAAAAUAUAAAGAUUCCUGCUGACAACAGUUCAAGAAAAUUGUUGAAGACAUUGAAGAAAGAAAAAACAUAAACAUUCAGUAGAUACAUUUGCAGUGUCAGCUAACUGUUUUACAAUAUUCAAUCGUUGGAAUAGACCAUGAGAAUUGUACUGGAGUUGAAGCCUGUCAUCUGGACUGUUAGGUGUGAAAUGGUUUGAAAACUUAGGCUUUAUGUCAGUCGUUUUCUUGUCUCCACUCCUGUAUAAUGAAAGCUGUUUCACACUGUCAGAAGCCAUUCUUCAGUCACAAGUGAUAGCCACAUCAAUAACUGACAGGCGCUCUUCCUCCAGUACCAAACAAAAAGCAGCAAACAGUCAUCUUUGAAGAGUUUUUGGGGAGGUGCAGGCCUUCUUGAAGCCCAGCUGUCAUCAGGUCCAAACUGUAAAUAAUACAUGUGAUUACAAUUGCUGGUUAGCCACUGAGAGACUGAGGCAUUGAAAAAGAAAAUACUUCUGGGUCAGCCAGCUAGCAUGAUGCUGCUCAAACUAUUGCUUCAGUCAGGGUGGAUAAUCCCAAAUCUGCAUCUGGUUGGGCUUCACUGUAUGUUUUAACGUCCAGUUAAACUUCAUUAAAAUAAGAAAUAAUAACAAAAGAAAUAAUCUCAAUAGAGAUAGUAGCCUGGAAAAUAGUAAUGCGCAUCUUCUUUUGUCCCUGUACAAGUCCAAGCUCCUUUUAAACUACAUGUACCAUUCAUGUUCUGUGAACAGAGGUAAAGAGUAAAGCUCCCCAUCAUUACUGAUGUAUAAACACAGACACACUGUAACACGGUAGUCACAAAAUCUUUGGGAGCAACCUGAGGUUCAGUGUCAUUUCAGGGAUACUUUGACACUAGCUGGGAAUCGUAUAGUAAGCCUUGUGGUUAAUAGUGGACCCACUCUACUACUGAGCUACAACCACCCAUCAAGUGUAAUUUUUGUCAAAAAAAAAAUUAGUGUGCGUAUGUGAAAGAGAUAUCCUGUCCUUGCAUAAUCCUACAAUUUGUGAAUGUUUACAUUCCUUGCCUGAGAAAGACGGAUACUCUUUAUAUGUCGUUGAUAAACGAUUAUGUCUUGUGUCAAGGGACAUGCUCGACUUGGCAGCAGAGCAGAGGAAGGAGAUGGCUCUGUACAUUGAAACUUGAGGACAUUGUACAUUGAUAACAUAAAUUUCACGUAUGAAUCAUUUUGCGUAAUUCUCAUACAGUGGCAGGUGACCACAUUAUUGGCAGGGGGACCACUGUUCAAAUACUGAUUUCAGCUUUUGAAUAUCAUUGAGUUUUUUCUGCGUAAACGUUAUUUGAACACUGACUAUCAUUGUAACAGCCCCAGAGGGCAAAUUAGGAUAUUAUAUCAAAAGUGUGGUUUAAAUUUUAAAGGUUAGAAAAUGCAACAAACAUUUUUUAAAAGUGCUGAAUUGAGAAAUCUGCAAUGCUGAAGGAAGUCCUGUAUAUAUUUGAGUUUUAAUCGUAACAGGGACAUAUUCUUAUUAGAUUCAUAACAACAUCUUGUUUUUUUGCCACCAAGAAGCUUUGAAUCGUUGCAUCUGGGGUCUACAUUUGAUUAGCCUCCUGUCCUGUUGAAAAGAUAAACUUUAAAAGAGUCUGGAGUGAAAAUGAUUUAAUAAGCUGGCUGGAAAGUGUUAUUAGUUUGUCUUAUUGUUGUUUCAUGUUUUACUCUCCCAGGGAUGCAGUGGUCGGAGCUCUGAUGCCAGCCAGCAUGAUCCUGCCAGCUGAGUGUCCUUCCAGCUCUCCUGUCCCCCCGUCAGACUCGUCGUCCUCUUCCAGUGUGAGUGAUGAAGAAGGUCCACCUGUCCUGCCUGAAGCAGAGGAGCGAGUCAGUCCUAAUCCCUGGCAGGACAAGAAGGGAGAGGUGAGGGAAAUAGAUUUAGGGUGACUUUGAUUUAUAGACAAUAACCUGGUCUGUGGAAAACUUUAAGUUAUGAAGUGCUGACUCUUCCACCUAUUGUGCUGAUUUACUCUAAAUCUAUGCAAAGUGGGUGUUUUUCUUGGUAUUGACCAGGUGUGUAGACGCAGCCAUCAGCAAGCUAUAUUUUGGUCCAACUUGGAAACACUAGAAACUCUCCAAGGGCUCUGAUCGUAAUAACAGCAAUAUUUCAUGACCAUUUUCUCCUUUUAUACCCUUAAUAUUAGUGUUGAAAUUCUCUUAUUCUCAGUACUGUUUCACCCAUCAACCGGUUAACGUACCUUGGGUUACUUUGCUAAAAAAAUGGGAUGAGAAUCUGCCGGUGACAAGCUGCACACUUUCCACUGCUCUGCUCACAGCUCCAUCACUCCCGGCUCAAACCAAAAUGCUUUUUAAAAUGAAGAAAAUGACUGUUCUGUUGUAUUACAAGAAUUCAUUGUGGAGCAGAGAAAUGGGUGUGGGAUGUUCUGUUUCUUCGAAUAGCUUUAAUAUGGCAUGCAUUGAAUGGUGAGGCUCAUAUAACCGAGUUAAAAUUGCUCAGGAUUACAUCAUUCCCUGUGAAGGCAAUCUGAAUAUAGUGAAAGAAAAUAUGACUUGGCCACAUAAUACUGAGAGGUAAUUGUGAAUACCGACACAAUGGAUGACUACAGAGGUAUGAAUGAAAAGUAAUAAACAGACUGAAAUAUUGGGCCUGUACAGAUGUUAAAAAACAUUUGAGGAGUGUGACUGAGUGGUUGAGGUCCCAUAUAAUGAAAAAACAUGUUUGUCUUUCGCAAGACGUGUAAUGAGCUGCUGCAUUGUUUCUGUUAUCCACCUAUUGAGAGACAAAGCUUCUAUCAGUCAAUUUGUAUCAGCUCCUUUGAUGAUGUAACGACAUGAUGCAUGUGGUUGCAGGUUUGUCUUUGAACGGCAAUCUUUGCUGCAUGUCUUUCUCUGUGUCUGCUCUUUACAUAUCCAGCCUCUCUAGAUAAAGACAGGAUAUGCUCUGUUUAAUUUGUAGUACAACGUUUCGCAAUAAAUAUUUGACAUGACAGUUGUUCAGAAUGGCUACCAUACAUGAUACGUCAUUUUUUGUGAGUCUAGUUAUACUCUGUGUGUGUUCUUGUGCAGGUUCCUUCAUCAGAGGAAGCGGUCACCCCGUCCUCAGCCAUGACGCCCUCUGCCUCUGGUGCGUCGUCUCGGCCGUUUAUCCCCGUCACUGAUGACCCUGGAGCAGCCAGCAUCAUCGCUGAAACCAUGACAAAGACUAAAGAGGUGAGGCGACUCGAGCAUGUGUGUUUAAGAAUCUAUUAACCCCAGACAUAUGGAGGUAAUUCAUCCAUGUCCUCUGUUCAUCUUCAGGACUCUGAGAGCCAGAGUAAAGUGGUGGGUCCAGAGCCUCAGUACCUUGAUGAGUUCACAAGUUUACUUGUGCCUGAUGAUACCCGUGUGAUGGUCGACCUGCUCAAACUGGCCGUGUCCUGCCGCUCUGGAGACAAGGGCAAAGAGGUUCUGUCUGCAGUGUUGUCGGGCAUGGGCACAGCUUAUCCUCAGGUGAUUUAGUGACUCGUAAUUCCCUUAUAUGGUCUUAUGUUUAACCUUGUAAAGAUGAUGUCUGUUAUUACUUUUCUUUUUCUAGAUCUGUUAGAAAAUGAAAAGUAUAAUAGCUAUUUUUUUCCUCCUACAGAAAGAUAAAGCUUAUGUCUUUUGCUUUAUGAUAUGAUUAUGAUUUUUGACAUGUUCCUCCUUGUUGACACCGUUGUGCUAUAUAACCUGCAAUCUGAACAGGGCAGCAGUAAAAACACAUGUUUUUUCCAUAUCCCUCUCUUAAAUGAUCUGAAAUAAAAAUAGAUAUAUAAAGCAUGACUUGCAAAAUUUGAAGUAUUGCAGAUGUAGGCUUAUCAAGCAUAUGAAGUCAUUCUGACAUUGUGCAAUACAUGAUAAUAAAAAGGAUAACAAAUGGAUUUUAUUUUCCCUGAAAACUUUGCUGGACAAGAACAUGCAUGCGUUUAUAAAUCAAGGCUUUUUGUUGACUUCCAUUUCCCUCUGAGCUUCGUUUCUGUCCUUCAGAUUCUGUCGAAUAACUUCAACAAAUUACUCAUUAGAUUUGUCCCGGACUGCCUCUAAUUGCUGACUAUGCUUUUAUAACCACUUUGUCAAUGAGUCAUUUUCUUCCAUUAGGUGUCUUUAGUUAUUAGGUCUUCUAUGAAAAUUAUAAUCCUUUAAUGUAGAAACAUCUAAGAAAUAACCUCAACUAACAAAACUGCAAUAAACAAAAAAUAGGACUUUGGGUACUGGAAGAGCUCUUAACGUAAGAAGAGUCGGGUUACAAAAUUUGUCAUUCUCAUGUCUCUUUGGGGUGCAGGUUGCUGACAUGCUGCUGGAGUUAUGUGUCACUGAGUUGGAGGAUGUGGCCACAGACUCACAGAGUGGCCGCCUGUCCUCUCAGCCGGUUGUUGUUGAGAGCAGCCAUCCAUACACGGACGACACCUCAACCAGUGGGACUGUGAAGAUUCCAGGUAAGCAGGGAUAUUGACUUUUUUCAAAUUUCAAGAAAAGAAAUACAAUCAAGAUAUGUUUUAAUAUAUCAAAAUAUAUUAAUAGUUUUUACAGGGUUUAUGUGGUGUUUAAUCCCUUUCAACUGAGCCUAAAAAACACUUGCACUUUAGUUAGACUAAGUUGAAUGUUUUUACAAAGUGCAGCUAAGAAAAAUUAAAGGAUAUUUAUGAUUUCAUAUCUUUCUCUAUACUUUUUUCUGUAGGUGCUGAAGGUCUGAGGAUAGAGUUUGACCGACAGUGUUCAACUGAGAGACGACACGACCCAUUAACAAUCAUGGAUGGAGCCAAUAGGAUUGUAUCUGUCAGAUCAGGUGAUGAGAGGAAAACCAAGCUGUAAAAUCCACGUUUUACUAACAUAUGUCCAUAAAUCAUAAACUGAUGUGGUGACUCUCCAUUUUUGUGUCAGGUCGGGAGUGGUCUGACUGGUCCAGUGAGUUGAGGAUCCCAGGAGAUGAACUGAAAUGGAAAUUCACCAGCGACGGCUCUGUGAACGGCUGGGGUUGGCGCUUCACUGUUUAUCCCAUUAUGCCUGCUGCUGGUGAGCUGAGUGUAAAACAAACAACACAGUGCUGACAAGAAUUUGCCCCCAGAGAUUCAAUUAAAUAAAUAACUCCACCACCUUUUGUACCAGUGAAAUAAACAGUAUUUCACACAUUAAUAAAAAUACUUCUUGACAGGGUGCUUUUCUAAAAUCACACCCAACACUGGCACACUCACACUGUGGCCUUUUUUGUCCCUUCUCAGGUCCCAAAGACUUGCUAUCAGAUCGAUGUAUCCUCUCCUGCCCCUCCAUGGACUUGGUCACCUGUCUGCUGGACUUCAGGCUCAACUUUGCCUCCAACAGAAGCAUUGUCCCUCGUCUAGCUGCCUCCCUGGCUGCUUGUGCGCAGCUCAGUGCACUAGGUACAGUAUCAUGAUUCGUAGUCAACAUGUCGAGGCUUUAUGGUCCACCACAUUAAUGCAGAUUAUCUAAAUCAUUCUGCAGAAAAGCAACUUUUGCUCCCAAAUUCCCCUGUAGAUGAACAAAGCAUGUUCAAAGUUUGAUUCAGAAUUUCUUAUCACUGGAAUUGGAGCUCAGUUCAUGUGAGAAGUUCCUAUUGGCUUUUAUUUUUCAUGCCCCAUUGGCUGUUGUAGGGAGAGUCUUGUGUUGUCAUGUCAAUACCAACACAAAGCUUUUUUUUCAAAGACAACAGUAAAAAAAGUCGAAACUUUGACGUCAAUCUGUGAAAAUAGCUGUUAAAAUGAGGUGAAAAUGCAGCAGCUCCCGCUGUCAAUUCAGCUAAUAAUGAUAGUUGGAUAUCCAGCAGCUGUUUCAGUCAUACAAAUUUGAGGAAAUCAAAGUGUAAUUAAGUCACAAUUAUCCAAGUCCUGCUUUUUACUUCCUGGUUGAAUCACAAACUGUUUACUGCUGUUGCUUCCUGAUUGGAACAUUUAUUUGUCAACACCAUUUAUUUAUUUUUUGAUCUCCUACAGCCUCUCAUUAUGCAUUCAGCCUUCCCUGCAUUGGCAGAUAUCUUAGCAUGUUUUGUGCUGCAACUUGGGGGUCUCACAAUGAUUGUGAAUGACUGCAGUCAGUUUGCAAUCUCCAAGUCUAGUGGAUCUUUCUCAUAAAUGCAGUCAUGUUGUCUUUUAUUUCACACAGCUGCAGGACACAGGAUGUGGGCUCUGCAGAGACUACGGAAACUCCUGACCACAGAGUACGGUCAGUCCAUCAACAUAAACAGACUGCUGGGUGACAACGAAGGCGAGGCUCGCUCCAUGGUGAGAACAGUGGUUAAACUGACCAUAAAUAUUUUACUGUCAAGAUGAGCAAUGAAAGUUCAGAGGUCUGUAUCUUAGUGUUGCAGUUCACCAUUUGUAGAUGUGGAUAUUCUUCUAUUUUGUUUGAGAUAAUAAACAGAAAACAUUCACUCACUUUUAUCCUUUAAUCCGUGAUGAUUUCCUGAUUUACUCUUAUCGGGAUAUAAUGCUUUGCUGAGUGUAACUGUGUAACUGUAUUUUUGAUAAUCAUGUAAUUGAUUGUUAGUGCACUGUCUUUCAGAGUUUCACUGGCAGUGCACUGGCCGCCCUGGUGAAGGGGCUUCCGGAGGCUCUGCAGAGGCAGUAUGAAUAUGAGGACCCCAUCGUCAGGGGAGGCAAACAGCUGCUCCACAGUCCAUUUUUCAAGGUAUGCUCUAAAGUUUCCUUACCAGCGUAAAGCCACCACAGGUGGAGAGUUUAUUGUUUUUUUUUAUUGAUCAUCAGAAGUAGUUUUCUCUCAGAGGCUAAUUGUAAAAUUUCACUCAGGUCUUGGUCGCUCUUGCCUGCGACCUGGAGCUCGAUACCUUACCGUGCUGUGCUGAGACACAUAAGUGGGCCUGGUUCCGCCGGUAUUGCACUGCCUCCAGAGUUGCUGUGGCGCUAGACAAAAGAACUUCCCUGCCAAGACCCUUCCUGGAUGAGGUGGGUGUGCAUAACUGUUAAGCCCUUGACUUUCCUUUAUUACAGUUAAACCUGGGAGCAUUUCAAUUACUAUCACUCCUACUCACCUUAAAGGUCACAAAGAAAAUCCGUGAGCUCAUGGCGGACCACGAGAGCAUGAACGGCCUCCAUGAGAGUCACGACUUGUUCAGGCGGGAGCAUGACGAGCAGCUCGUUCAGUGGAUGAACCGACGACCAGAUGACUGGACCCUGUCUGCUGGGGGGAGCGGCACCAUCUACGGCUGGGGACACAACCACAGAGGGCAGCUAGGUGGCAUCGAAGGGGCAAAGGUCAAAGUGCCCACUCCCACUGAGACCCUUGCCACACUGCGGCCGGUGCAGCUUAUUGGUGGGGAGCAGACUCUGUUUGCUGUCACUGCAGAUGGGAAGGUCAGUCUGGUUUUUUUUUUGUCUACACACUAUUCUCAUCCUUGUUUUAGUAUCAAACUCCUGACACCAUAAAUGCCUGAUGACUUGACAAAAAAAGAUCACUGCAAAGCUCUGACCUCACUGCUCCAGUGAGGUCAGAGCGUUGGCAGGUUUUGUUUUCUCAUAAGACUUCAAACAGCAAGUGUACCAAAGUGUCCUCAAAGUACCAAACGCUCUGAGAGUGUCAGGAUUGAGUCAAACAUGUUCCGACAUUAUUGGCAAAUCUCACCUGUCUAUAUCAUAUGUCUAGACAAGUGUAACGUGGGUUUAUACUUGGCUACAUUGCUGCAUGUGUCUGUGUUCUGGUUAUUGUGACUCACAGUCUUUUCUUAAAUUUUUUUUGGGAGGUGGAUUUUCUUUGACUUAAAAAAAGCAAAAUGUUUUUAUUUAUAUUGCAUGUCAAAUAUAAAAUCACAGACAUAUUCUGUAAUUCUCUACAAGUCAUUCAUUAAACCUUUAGCCACCAUUUGCCUUUAAAGAUGGAUCAAUGAAACUACCAUCUGCCUGUUUAUCUUGAUCCACAGACUCAGUCUUCGAUGCAGAGAUUAUAUCAAUAAUAAUUUUAAUAGAUUUGUUAAGUAAUAAUCAUUAUUUAUUAAUUUAACAUAUAUUUGGUAGGUAAAAGCACACUGAAUUUUACUGCUAUAAAAUGUCCUUUCCUUUUUUUCAUAUCCCAGUUCAUAUUACAGAAAGGAAAACAUUGCAAUGUCAGUUUUUUCUCAAUAAUUGUCGAGAAUUUCUUGUGUUAAUUUUUUUUCAGUAGAGCCAGAUUCAGAUCACAUAAUUUAUUGUCGUACUAAUUCUGUCUCUCCACCCUCAGCUGUAUGCAACAGGGUAUGGAGCUGGAGGCAGACUUGGUAUCGGGGGCACGGAGUCCGUGUCCACCCCAACCCUACUGGAGUCCAUCCAACACGUCUUCAUCAGGAAAGUGGCGGUGAACUCUGGGGGGAAGCACUGCCUGGCGCUAUCCUCUGAGGGGGAGGUCUACUCGUGGGGAGAGGCUGAGGAUGGGAAACUUGGCCAUGGGAACAGAAGGUCUGAGUUGAAUCCAAUCUAACACUUCAGUGCACCUUUAACUUACAGUUCAUAAAACACACACUGUUAUUACAAACUCAAGUCACUGUAAGAAGCAAAGAUUAAAGCCUGUGUUCCUUUUCUAUCUGCGACUCCACUUGACUUCAGCCCCUGUGAUCGUCCUCGUGUAAUUGAGUCCCUAAGGGGAGUGGAAGUGGUGGAUAUCGCAGCCGGAGGAGCUCACAGCGCCUGCAUCACUGCCAGCGGAGAGCUCUUCACUUGGGGCAAAGGUCGCUAUGGACGGCUGGGUCACGGAGACAGCGAGGACCAGCUCAAACCCAAGCUGGUCAGUGAUCAUUUAGUUCUGUCUUUAAAGUUCAGCAGAGAUUUGUGAACACCCUGAAAAGACUCCGAGUGUUUCAGCGACAUGUUUCUGUCAGGAAUCAAACCCCUUACUCUGCCACACUCUGACAUGCUUUCCCAGAUAAUCACAGCGAGGUAAAACUGAUGUUAGCGUCUUUGUGGUUUUUCCAGGUGGAUGCACUGCAGGGUCACAGGGUCAUUGAUGUGGCCUGCGGGAGCGGGGACGCCCAGACUCUGUGUCUAACAGAUGAUGACAUGGUCUGGUCUUGGGGAGAUGGGGACUAUGGCAAAUUGGGCCGGGGAGGCAGUGAUGGCUGCAAAAUCCCCAUGAAGGUAAGGCAAUUUACUCGGCAGUGUGCACUGGAGGUCAGCAGAAGCAUCACUUUAUACUUGAGACUUCUCUCUGGAGAUAUUUUUCAUGGAAAGAGAGCAGAGUGUGCUGAAAAAUACAAACCGGCAACACAGUGUUCAGCUGUUUAUCUUUGUUUUUCACAUAAAUUCUUCAUCUCUUAUUUUAGACAUAUGUUUAUGAAGCAAUGACAACUCCGUGUCUCAGCAGCUAGCGUGUUUGUGUUGUUGUUGUUGUUUUUAAUUGUUUUUUGUUUUUAAAUUUGAUCUCUAUAUUCUUAUUUUAACAGAGAAAGGUGCUUGGUUAUCAGUCAGACUUAAUCUCUUAUGAGUUUUCCAUUAGUUUAAAACAAACUGAAGUGUCUCUCUCAGCAGCAGUCCACUAGAACGCUGCAAUUUCUGUAAUAGUCAUUUUCCCAGUUUCUGGUACCCUGACAUUCUCAGCUUGUGCACUAGAAUUAGAGGAUUGUGUUGGAGUUGCAGCCAAUAGAUGUAACACAGCCAUCAUUGCAAAAUAAGUUUUUUAUUUUAAAAAAAAUCUCCUUGCUCAUGUAUAGGACAAGAUCAGCAAAGAAACAAAAGGUACUACUUUGUCUAUAUGGGGCACCAAAAUUGACACAAACAGAAAAGUCUUCAGAUUUCCUGCGUAACACACGAUCACUUGGGCAUCAAUAACAGUAGAAAAAAAUUACACUUGCUGCCUCUUUUUUCUGUAUUUGUCAUGCCUCUAAGGUUCGAUAUUUGGCUGAUUUAGUAAAAAGGAAACACUGUUCAUGAUAAGGAGUUUGUGAGUGUAUUGAGAGGCGAAGAUAAGACAGCUUUUCCACAAAUGUGAUUAGGUUUACCAAACCCAAGACCCAAAGUUACAAAGUUGUUGUUUUUCAGUAACAUCAUGCAAACUUGAGGAAUUUAGUAUGAGUAACAUUGCUUUUUGUACUUGUUAGUCAUGACUCUGUUUUAAAUUUCUAAGCCUGGAGAGCAAAAUGACGUUAUUUUUGAGAAAUUGUAGCUAAAAAAGGUUUAAGAGAAAUUCUCUGAAAUAUUCAGCAUAGAAAAGCCCAAAUACACUGGAGAGGAGGAGCUGUAAAACUUUGGUGUGAUUGCAGAUGAGUAAAAAAAAAAAAAAAUCAUGUUUGAAUUCCUCUGGUACACACUGAUAAAUCUCUUGUCUAGAGUAUGAAGAUGAAAAAUAUAAUUGUUCCUAAACUAAAUACGAGGCUGCAGGAGAGGACAUGCUGACUUGACUUGUCUUUCAGACUCAUAAGUGUAGGAAACAGCUGGUCUGGCUCUGUUUUAUAUAUAAAAAAAUCGCUUUUCAGUGUAACUGUGGUUCUUUGGUCAUUUAAUUUUCUCUGUACACUAAGUGCUGAAUCCAGAAUCUCAAAAACAGACAUUUACAAGUCUUUCCUCGAGUUCUGGUUUUUAAAGUGCCAAUAAGCAAGUGCCCGGCAUUGUUCAAAAGGUGUGACAUUAAUCAGGCUCUACACUCUUCAUGCAGCUUGAUUGAAAUAUCUACAAAGCCAGUUGUACUCCAGACUCCACCAGAUGACUCAUCAAGAUGUUUUUGUUUUCAGAUCGACUCUCUCACUGGUCUUGGAGUUGUCAAAGUGGAGUGUGGCUCUCAGUUUUCUGUGGCUCUUACAAAAUCUGGAGCCGUGUACACGUGGUAUGUACAGCCCAGUGCACAGCAUAUCUGUCACAGCCUCAUCUGUUGGAGGUUAAUCAGUUCAUCUGUGUGCUGCUUUUAGGGGGAAAGGAGACUAUCAUCGGCUGGGCCAUGGCUCGGACGACCAUGUCCGCAGACCCAGGCAGGUUCAAGGACUGCAGGGGAAGAAGGUCAUCGCCAUUGCAACGGGAUCGCUACACUGUGUGUGCUGCACUGAAGAUGGUAGGAUCAAAGGAGCAGCAUCCUAAAUAUUUCCCACCUAUGUAAAGAUUAAUUUCAAAGUAGCCUAGUCUACAUGUUGGGAUGCACCCAUGUAUCCCCUGAGAGUCCGUAUCCCUCAGUCUAAUCAGUGUGACACAACAGGUUUGCUGUGUAUCAGCUUCUCCAAAUGGUGAAUCUUUAUAUUUGCUGAGGGAGACAUCUGCUAUCAGGAAAGGAUUUAUGAUUUAUUGGUUGUGGUAGCUGAAAUACUGCAUAUCUGUUGAGUCAAGCUCAUGAGCCUCAUAACUUUUCUGAUGGCUCAUGCCUCUGAAACAAAAAAAUGAAAUACAUUUAUGGAAAAACAAAAGUGAAAUGACAGACUUGUUUGACUUUGUGUUUUUGGAUUAUUUACACGUCAUGUAUUAUUUUACUGCUUUUCUCAUGAUAAGUGCGUUGAUUUCAAUCUACUUUUGCUGAGCAUGGUAGGUAAUGGGAAUUGCUUUUCAUUAAAUCACUUUAGGAUAGAUUGUUGAGGCUGAGGUUGUUUCUUUUCUUUAAUACAUUUUUUUUCUUUGCUAGAGAAGGUUAAAUUAAAGGUUAUUUUGCCUAGUCAUUCAUCUGAAUUUGUGCUCAGGUCAUGUGAGGACGGUCUUAAUGAUUUUACUGAUGUUAAAAUUUUGGGGUCCCUGUCCCAGAGGAGGAAUUAUUACGAGACAGUAGAAUUAAAUGAGCAACUAAAAUGAGGUAAAAAUCGAUCUAUCCCUUUUGUUUUUGCCAUGCUGUCAGUCAGAAUCAUUAGGUCCGAACCAUAGACUGUAUAUACUAUGGACAAUUUGGUUCCGCCUACCGCCUGUAUACGGAUUUGAGGCCAAAAAGCUCUCUGUAUUUCCAGGAUUUUUCUUCAUUUCCUGAAAACAGCGCUGCGCAGUAGCGAUGCGCGCAUUUCGGCCGCGCAGUCGCUGAGAGUUGCUGUGAUGACGCUCGGCUCAAACAGCGUAUCCCCCGGGAGAGCUACACAAUCCCUGAACGCCCAUAGGCUGUAUCAGGUGUCAAUCAUAGCAAACAUGAACCCUCUUAUAACUUUUAAUAACGGAGCUGCACAGAAAAAAGAGGACUUGAGCACAAACCAGUCUUACAAUAACUACAUGCCAACAUCACAAGCAGGGGGGAGAAAAAUUUAUGUUCUGUGUAAUAAAUUUCUAAAGUUUGUCCACAGCUCCAUAAGCCUUGCUGGCGGAGGCGGGAUUUAUGACCUAUACUGCAGCUCAUCAACAGAGGGUGCUGUUCUCGGAGUGGCUUCACCCAGAGAGGAGGCAGACUCUGUCCAUUCCUUAUACAGUCUAUGGUCCAAACAGGUCAGAUGAGCUGUGAAGAACAUGAGCUCACAGACACCUCUGUGGUUGUGUUUGCCUUAGGAGAAGUCUACACAUGGGGGGACAACGAUGAGGGCCAGCUGGGAGACGGAACCACAAACGCCAUCCAAAGGCCACGACUGGUCGCUGCACUGCAGGGCAAGAAAAUCAACAGGGUUGCCUGUGGUUCUGCUCACACCCUUGCAUGGUCCACCAGCAAGCCCACCAAUGCGGGGAAACUGCCUGCACAGGUACUGCACCCACUGUGGUUUUCUGUAUGUAUGAAAAAUGGAUGUGUUCCAGUAGAUGGCAGUAAUGCUUUGUACCAUCAAAACAAAAUCAGACCUGAAAAUGUCGAUCAUGCUGUCAGGCUCUGACUGUUGUUUGGUCUCUUCAAGGUUCCCAUGGAGUACAACCACCUGCAAGAGAUUCCCAUCAUGGCUCUGAGGAACAGGCUGCUGCUGCUGCACCACAUCUCAGAGCUCUUCUGCCCGUGUAUCCCCAUGUUUGACCUGGAGGGUCGGCUGGGUCAGACUGGCCACGGACCCUCAGUGGGCUUCGACACACUUAGAGGAAUUCUCAUUUCCCAGGGCAAGGUUAGACAGCGUUGUGAAUCCAGAAAAAUACAUCAGUAUCCCAGGAUAAAACCUCACUGUGCUGUACAACAAAGAGCCGACACAAUAGUCAUUGUCAUUUUGUUUUUCUGUAAACAGGAAGCAGCUUUCAGGAAAGUUGUUCAAGCCACAAUGGUGAGGGACAGACAGCAUGGACCUGUGGUGGAGCUCAACAGGAUCCAGGUACUGACAGAACCAAGAGCAAUACCAUGUUUUUUUUCUAUAAGUAGAUUUGUGGAUGACCAAUUUUGGGUCUGAUGUUGACUUUUUGUGACGAAGUGAUGAAGCUGUUAAUCUCUAAUGCUUGUAAGAGUUGAAAUGAUAACAGAAAUUUGUACUUUAUGAUUCCACUAAAAAUCACACAACAUUGAUACAUAUAUUGAUGCUAUGGCAACAACAAAAGAUGAACUCCUGGGACCCAAAACAGCUUCAUUUAGUUGAUUUUGAUUUUGAAGCUGCACAUUGGGCUGUGCAGAAAAAUCACUGACUACAACUUUAGCAGCAUUACACUUAAAACCAGAACAUUCCUGUGUAUUUUUGUUUUAUAAUUUUUAGACUAAUUGCUAUGAAAUAUUCAUUAUAUGUCUGUCUCUGUCUCUUGGUGAAAUCUCCUUCUGCUGCUCUCUGGAUCUCUCUUGCUCUUCUCACUGUCUCCCUCUCUCUGUUUCUCUUUCACUUGCAGCAGCUUUGGGGUGAAAUUAUUAUUAGUAUUGACCCUGUUUUUAUUUUUAGCUCUGGUGUUUUUUUGGACACUAUCAAACAUAAAAGUAACAGGACAUGGUGUUAAAGAGUAUCUAAAAUUUUGACAACCUUAGACAAACUGAAGCUAUGUCAGAAUCCUCUGGAAGUUUCUUUCCUGAACAAAUGACUUCAGUGUUAUUGUUAAUAUUACUGUUUUCAUGCACUAUAUAUUGAGAUGUGCGUGCUGAGUCAACUAAAUGAUCAAUCAUGGUCACCCUCACUAGUUGGCACCAGAAUUACCAGCCGGUUAAACGAUUGAACAUUUUCAUGAUGGUGGGCCUAUGUUUGUGGUCAUAUACGGUGUCAAGAACAAAACAAACAGUCUCUUGUAGCACAGCACUUUGUUGAUGUUUUAAUUUUUAGAAAAUGAAGAUUAAGCUGUUUGUUGGCUGUUGUUGGUAACCUGAUCUGAUCAGUGCAUAGCUGGUGGAGAACGAAAGACUGGUGGUGCUAGCUCUGCUGAUGUCAGACACGAAUUCAACAUUGGGAAUCAGUGAUCUCAUUUUUGGCUGAAUAAAUCGGGCUUAGUUUAACCUUUACUCAAGUGGGCUAGUCAGACUUUUCUACAUAUAUUCUACAAAUAUCUAGGACAUUACUUGCUUCAAGAACAUCCAUGAUUGUAUUUCAGUUCUAGCACUGACCCCUUACUCUGCCAUUCUGACAUGCUGUACUUCAUGUGCUGCAGACUGAAUCAUCUGUUCUUCGUUUUCUGCUCCAUAUGUUUCAUAGAACUGAUUAACAUAUCAGCACAUGACUAAGAAAGCCCUUACAGAGUGGAUCAUUUCUGCAGACAGAUGUAUUAGAAGGUGUACCAGGCACUCACAUUCUUCACAGCUGCCCUCUUUUAAUCUGUUUCACACUCACUCUUUUCUUUUCCUUGAAGUCUCUUGCUCUCUCUCGUUCACUGUACUCUUCUCCUCUCACUCCCUCUGUGAGGCCGUGUUCCAGACAGGCUCCUGAACUUUACAUGUGAUGUCUUUCAUAAGGGGAUUUCUCCUGGUGUGUGUGUGAUUUGUACUCCAGCCUGUCUGCAGGGCUUCCUGGACCGAGUUUUAGACUUUACUCCACAUAGAUUCUCUGCUCGGGCCACUGCCUCUCCACACAAGCACGCCUCCCCUUGUGUAGCUCCGCUUGUAUUCGAGCUGUCAUAUCCAGGAAUUCAUGCAUAUCAGUACUUCCUCUUUAUCUCGUGAGAGGCUUUUAAGCACAGAUCAAACUGAAAUCUCUCUUCUUCCUUCCCUUUCUUCACCCUGCAGGUGAAGCGUUCUCGUAGCAAAGGAGGCCUGGCAGGUCCUGAUGGGACCAAGUCUGUAUUUGGUCAGAUGUGUGCCAAAAUGAGCUCUUUCAGCCCUGAUAGUCUGCUGCUCCCUCAUCGCGUGUGGAAGGUUAAAUUUGUUGGUAGGUGUCACACUCUCACAUUCACUCCUUGUUCCCUAAAAGCAUGUGAUUUUCUAAACAUGAUGCCUUAUUGUGCUCAUUUCCUCUCCCCUCAGGAGAGUCAGUGGAUGACUGUGGCGGAGGCUACAGUGAGUCCAUUGCUGAGAUGUGUGAGGAGCUGCAGAACGCUUUGACCCCGCUGCUCAUCGUCACCCCUAAUGGGCGGGAUGAUUCAGGCGCCAACAGGGACUGUUUCCUGCUCAACCCUGCGGCCAAGUCCUCUCUUCACAUGAGCAUGUUCCGCUUUCUAGGUAUAAUCCACUUAAUCUCUCAUUCAGGUCUUCUUUGGUGUUAAUCCUCAACAAAUAAAAACUGAAAAUGAAGCAGGUUUAUUUUAAAACUUACACACGACUUUACCUGCAUUUUCUCUGAUAAAACACAGGGCCUGGUUUUGAGAGUGCUCCAUUUAAUACGGAUCUAUGGUUCUCUCCAUGGCACAGUGACAGUAUUGUUCUUGUUUGAUCAGCGGGUUAUGCCCUCUUCCUUGCUGUGUGUCUGCAGGUGUGCUACUGGGCAUUGCAAUCCGGACUGGGAGCCCUCUGAGUCUGAAUCUGGCAGAGCCUGUUUGGAAACAGCUGGCAGGCAUGAACCUGACCAUCGCUGACCUCAGUGAGGUACGUACACAGCCCUGCUCUCCUGUAAACACAGAUCCUGCUCAGUGUGUAUCCACUACACUCGCAGGAUGAUUGAUGAAGUGUGAAAACACACUGAGCCAUGUGCCAAUGGAUUUGUUCAGAAGUGAUUUUAAGGAACUUGCCCAAAGAUUUUCCAUUACAUUUUUGAGUGAAAUCAAAGUCCUGGUGCUCCGGACCUGAAGUGGUUCAGUGACACAUCGUCUGUCAUCUGCACAGUGAGAGAAAAAAGCUUUUCUUUUCAUUUCAAGAAACAAUUUCAGAACAGUUUGGGUUGAAAUAAAGUUUGAUUAUGACAUGUCAGUUACAGUAUUUGAUUAAUGUUUCUGUUAAUGAAUUUGUGACUGAUCAGUGAUUGGGGGUCCAUGUAUUUAGUUUUUGAUUUAACUAGUACAGUUUGAACCACAAAAUGACUCAGGGUUAGCUAGCGGGACAUAAAAACCGCAGUAAUGCUGUGAGAACUCACAUCAUCGGACUUCUGGACUUGUUUGUAGCUCUGUCCUUAACUCUUGCUCGUUCUCCUUACCUUGGUAGAGCUGAGACUGCGGGAGUUGUGCCACACACUCUAGUUUUCACAAGAGAUACUCUAAUUGUGAAAAGUAAAGUCAACAUGGAUACCAAUGUUUACAAUAACAGUUUUACUCAUGUCAAUACCAGUGUUUCUGCUAUCUUCUAGAAAUAUUUUGGUCCGAUUCUUAGAUUAGCUAUGAGAUUUGACAUAUUUUCACAAUUUCUCUGAAGGUCCUCUUCAAAUAUGAACAGUUUAUCUUCUCAGAGACUUUGUAAUAUUUCCACACUGCACACAUUUCUUUCAUGUUUGAUCAUUCAAGUAAAUUAGUUUGUUCUUCUUCUGGAAUAGCUCUCUAGAUUAGAUAGGAUACAGAUAGAUACAGAUAAACAUUGGCCACUGACAUUUGUUUUUGUCAUUAUGUGCUGAUGCCAGUAAACAGGACGGCUUUUUUUUCCAGUGUUCAACCAAUACAUUAGUGCAUCCCUGGUUUUCAUCUAUAAACUUUUUUUUUCAGUGUUAAUCUCUCCUUAGUGUUUCUGUCCUCUGAGGCUGAGCCGACCAGCUGAGUGGAGCAGACGGUUUGCAGGAUCAACAGUUGGCAUGUGUGUUUGUGGCAUCAUUUAGUGCAAAGGCUUAGGGACGUGAUACUCGGAAGUAGAGGGACAGGUGGAAGGUGUUUACAGUUGAUUGUUCAUGUGUCACUCUGCUGCUUAUAUGUGUCGAGGACUCUCGGUGUGUACAUUGAUAAAAAAUAAGGUUUCUGUCAUACAUCUGUCUGCCUCUGAUUAAUCACUCAAUAAGAUCACCAAGUAUUGGUGCAGAUAUUUUCUUUUUUUUUCUCUUUUUCUCAAAAUAAGUGAAUUUGAGCUGCUGUCACCCUAUCCCAGCUAAGCGAGGUGCUUUUGUUUGACCCUUACUUAUAAGUCAGGAGGAGAAUGCCUUGUUUAAUGCUAAAGAUGCUGCUGCUGUUUCUGCCCUGUUGUAAAUUUUCAUAGAGAGUAUGACGGGAAAUCAUCAGAACAAGACCAUAAUUUUAGUUUUGUAAAAUAAUUGCAUGCAAGUUAACUAGUUUUGUGAAAUGUAAAAGCUCAUGAGUCAGUGUCUUGAGAUGUAAGAGGUUGUGAGACAUCAGCUAUUAUUAAGUCUCGCAGUAGGCAUAAUGUUUGAGAGUUAAAUCAAAGAGCAUGACAGGUCAUGGCAAAGGAAAUGAAAGAGGUUUUGUGCUUUUUACUCUUCAGAGGAACCUCAUCUGCACUUGAUAGUCUUGCCUUUUCUGUGUGAUAUUCUGUCUGUCACAUAAUACAGGCUGCUUUUGUUUUUGACAGUGACAUUCGAAGUGUAGAACAAAUCCUGCUUCUAUUGAUUUAAUUUGACUUUAUUUUGUUAAAAAAAAGACUUGAGUUCAUAAAUUGUUUCUCAGACAUAUACCCAUACUGUGAGGAUCGUGAUAAUUGGACCCAGUGCUUGUUUUUUUAUGAACAGUAUUUCAUUUAGCUUUGUUCCUUAUUUAAUAUUGUUUUGAUAUAGGCUAUAAUCCAGCUUUCAUUUAUGACUACAGGGUGUUUUUUCAAUGCUCUAACUUUUUAGGUAUGUAUUUUUCUGUGUUCUGCUAAAUUGAGAUCAGGUCUUUUCCGUUAUUGCAUUGGUAAGAUGUUUUUAAAGACCCACUCCAGUGAAAAUCAUGUGUUUCUUGUUGUCUACAUGUUAGUAUGACAUUUUUGUGAUGCUGCAGGACAUUACACGAGAAAAAUAAGUGCGAAGUUACAUUUCUGAGUAUUUCUUCAUUCAAAUCGCUGUGAACUUCUCACAGACCCAAAUGGCAGGCUCAGACACUGUGGGAUUUCCUAUGUAGCAAAUCCAAGCACCGCCCCCGGGGCCCCACCAUGCAGUCCAGUCUCAGAGUAGAGAGGAAGACUGCGGAACAAGUGUUGGGUUAGCGGAUUGCAGUGCUCGUGAGAAAGCUAGUUAUAUUAUUAAUGUCCCUAAAGAUAUUAGUGUCCAAGAUCUGAAUAGCUCCUAUGUUACCUGCCACUUCUACUACACCGACAAUGUUAGGCUGCAAGCUAGCGUGAAGAGGAGUGUGCAGAGCAGCGCCGUCUCCGCCCACGACUCAGAGGUCAAUUGCUAAUGAGCUACUGGAGCUCUGCUGGAGAAAACCUCUCAAAAAGGUAGCGGGAUUUUGGCUGAAAACUUGAUAAUCACAACUUGAAGACCACACUUAAAAUAGUAAAAAAAACGAUUGGAGUGGGACUUCAAAUCUUUUUGGUGGGGUUUUACGGAGCAUAUCAAAAACACACUGCUGUUUGUAUGAGUAGCAGCUGGCACCAGUGCCAACAUUUGAACAAAAUAUUCAUAAACAAACAAGAAAAUAAUGGAUACAGGUACACUGGAGUUACAACAGUUUCUCUUCAGUCACUGGUUUUCCUGUGAACAGGUUUCAGUGUACUUCACCUGCAUUUACCGAUUGUGCAUUUACAGGGUUAAAGUUAAAGGCAGGAGAUGAUUGGUGAGGCUGCAGCACACCAUCCCUCCUCCUGAGAGAAAAGGAAAACAAGUCAAAGAGAGUGGUGUAAUUUUCCCACCAUUUUUUUGCGUCCCAGCCUAAGAGACCCCAAAAAAAACAGCCUGAGAAUUUUUGUAGUUUCUAGUUUAACAACAAAUACAAAGUGAAAGAACUCCACCCAGCUCUUCAUGCAUGUAUUAAUGCAAGGGGGGCUGUGGCUGAGAGGUUCAGGAUUAUAUCCCACAUAACCUUAUGUUAUCUGAUCAAUAAAAUUAUGCAUACACAUGAACUUCAACUCUGUUUAUGUAUUUUUUCUCCUGAGCUAAGAAACUGAGUGACCACCUGAAGGUAAAGGAGCUUAUCAAGAAAAUCACAGAUUUCUGUAGGCCUUCACUUUGACAAGCUUUUCAGCUCGGUGGAAGAUACGGUGUUGGCAGGUUUAUGAUGUACCUAGAUAUAAAAUAUGUAUGCAAAAAAAAAAACUGGAUCCCUGUUUUUUAAAUGUAUGAGAUUCGUUUAUCACCUUGUUUAGCUUUUCCUAGUCUAAAAUUAGCACAUUUCUUCUGCUGAUUGCUCACACCUCACCUCACUUAUAUUCAGUUUUUUUUACCUUUGUUGUUCCUUGAUGACGUUUUUUGAAAUCAUCACUGAUCAGUUUUCUCUUUUUGUAAAUUAGGGUGUCAAUAAUGUUAUUGAUCAGCUCUCACCUCCUCACGAGCAGUUAGCAUUCAACAAGUUGAAACUAUUUUAACUUGUUGUAGGUUUGUGUAAUGAGGAGAGAUUGAUGAAGCUUACAUGAAACUGCCUCGCUUGUAGCUCAUUGUUUCAUGAUGAGCAGCUUAUUGUUAGACUUACAUAAACCUUUACAGCUACUUUUCAGCUCAGCUCUAAUUGUCUCAAAAUCCUGAACCUUCAACUCCGCUUUUAAGCUACAAAUGUCUCUAUUAUAUAACAUUUCAAACACCGCAUGAUCUGGAAUUAUAACCUGUAUAAAGAACACAGACCUACACAUUCCUCCUCAGAUUAAACCUUUAGCCUUUCAGCUCCUGGCUACUCAUAGGACCACAAGAGAAACCUGGUCUGUAGAGUCACACUCUACCUGCUCUCGUGAAGGUUAAUCUAUAUUUAAUUCAGGAAUUGACGUUGUCCCAUAAACUGAGCUUUUGUUUGAGAGCCGGCAUGAGUCGCCUCCUGCCCUCAUGCUGUGAUCAUGAGCUCCUGGACCGUCUUUGGGAGAAUACUUCAGCGGUAACACAAAGCUGCUCUUGUUGUGUGAUUUCACCCUUGGGAUAUUGUAAAGGUUGGAUGUCGAAUUAAUCCACCACAAGACUCUAGAAGGAGUGAAUCCCUGGUGGGCUCACGGGAAUUGUGUUGGGGUUGAAUGAGGCCACACACACAAAAAUAUGAAUGGGUACAUGGAAAAGGAGGUAAAUCGGGGGGGAUUAAGAGAGGGGUUUUCACGGAAUACUAAAUGGUGAUUUCUUCUCUACCUCCCAGGUUGAUAAGGAUUUUAUCCCAGGCUUAAUGUACAUCAGGGACAACGAGGCCACAGCUGAGGAGUUUGAGGCCAUGACCCUUCCCUUCACCGUGCCCAAUGCCAGUGGACAGGACAUCCAGCUCAGCUCCAAGUACUCCCACAUCACCCUGGAGAACCGCGCAGAGUAUGUCCGUCUGGCAAUCAACUACAGGUGAGAAACUGAAAUAAGUGACAAUGAAAUAAAAUGAAAAUACACACCUAAAGCACAAAGACAUAAAGACUUAUCUCUUAUCUGACUUUUUUUGGGCUGUGGAAAGAAAUUUAAUCUGCCAUUUUACUCAUCAAGUUUGUUGAGUAAAUCAAACUCGGUUUGUGGCUCUGGUCUCUUUCUGGAACAUGCAGGGCCCCGUAGUAUCCUGUAAAAACAAUGGGAUGGACAAAUACAUUUAAAAUAUAACUGGGUGUCAAGACCUCAGACUAAUGAAGUCCAUCCAGGUUCUGUUGAAGACCUCUAUAUAAUGUCUUUGUUUUCCUCUCUGUCUGUCUGUUUUUUCAGACUCCAUGAGUUUGACGAGCAGGUAGCUGCUGUACGGGAAGGAAUGGCUCGAGUUGUUCCCGUCCCUUUACUGUCGCUGUUUACCGGAUACGAGCUGGAAACCAUGGUGGGUGAGGUCAGAUUUUUUUGUCUCUUUUUUUCUGCCCAUGUGCUGGUCUGACUGGAAAAAUUCUCUUUCUUCAGGUAUGUGGAAGCCCAGACAUCCCUCUCCACCUGCUGAAGUCAGUGGCCACUUAUAAAGGAGUGGAGCCAACAUCGCCCCUCAUCCAGUGGUUCUGGGAAGUGAUGGAGUCUUUCUCCAACACAGAGAGGUCUCUGUUCCUGAGGUUCGUCUGGGGUCGCACACGUUUGCCACGUACCAUCGCUGAUUUCCGAGGGCGGGACUUUGUAGUGCAGGUAAGAAAAGGAAACGUCUUUAAAGUCUAAGGAGCACAAAAUGUAGUUUUGAAAAAAUCCAAGAAGACAAUAAAAAAAAUGUGUUAAAGCUCCUAUAAGGAGAUUUUAUCUGCCUACAGAACAGAGUGAAAGAAAAGCUUGAUGCUUCAUUAGAACCUGUAAAUGCAAAUGAGACUCGUUGACUCGAUGGUUCUCUACGCUAUUACUAUCAGUUUUCUCAAAUUUCUAAAUUUGAGAUGGGGGGGGUUUGGGGUCAGUGAAGUUAAAGGGACUCGUCAGGGUUCCCCCACAAACAAGCGGCUGCUGGGGGAGAGUGGGUGAGUUGUGUUUGGUCUCUUUGCUAAAGAAACCAGGCAAAGUUAAAAAGAUGUUUGAUGGCUAGAACUAUGGCUGGGACCUUAUAUGUACUGUUGAUGUGACGCUGUGUAUUGCUAUCGUGUGGUCGUUACUAAAGCUGGUAUAACUAGAGAAGCAAGCAGUCUGCAACAUUCAUCUCUUGUGGGGGUGUCUAACUCGAUGUUGUGGCGUGUUUGACCAUAGCUUUAUUUUAAGCCGGAAUAUCCCUUUAAGCAACCUGCUUUUAUGUAAUUCAAGGCAGAGAUUGUUUUCUGUUGUUAAAAGAACUGAAGAUAUAUAUGUUUAUUUUUGUCAGAAAACAACUCUUGUCUUCUUACAGAGCAAAAUCAGUAUAAAGAAGAAAGGUACUGUUUUGGUCAUAGGUGGCGCCAAAAACAGCUCAAACAGAAACAUCCUUACUGGAGCUUUAAAUGACAUAGAACGUCACUUACAUUUCACAGUUUCUGAUUCUCAUUAAUGAAGAAGCAUCAGACUUUGAAUAAUAUACUGACUCCUAACCUCAUCUUUUUUUGUGUGCAGGUGCUGGAUAAAUACAACCCUCCUGACCACUUCCUGCCAGAAUCCUACACCUGUUUCUUCCUGCUGAAGCUGCCCAGGUACUCCUGUAAACAAGUGCUGGAGGAGAAACUCAAAUACGCCAUUCACUUUUGCAAGUCAAUCGACACAGACGACUACGCUCGCAUCGCUCUGUCCGGAGAGCCCGCAGCUGACGACAGCAGCGAGGACUCGGACAACGAAGACGCCGACUCUUUUGCUUCAGACUCCACCCAGGACUACCUAACCGGACACUGA